AUGAGUGGAUUCCUCUACAGAGGGAGGUAAGGCUGUCUGAGGAUCUUUAAAGCAGUCAUGGUGCUCUGUUGUGUUUGUAUUUGUGUUUUUUAUCGUGUUUUAAUGACAGACAAAGCCUCUUCUGUGUUAAAAGUUGAUAAAUUAAGUUAAAGUUCUUUCCCUCUGAGCUAAAAAAGGACCUUUGUGCCUCUGUUACAUAACCGCUGAGGUCUGGACUCAGAGAAGAGGAGCUUCUGGAUGAUGAGCAGUGAUUGGCUGAGAUGAUUUCAAAGUAAAAGCAUGAGUUAUCUGCGCUCUUUUAACCUCUUGGAGCCUGAGAAACACAAAGCUGUGUUUCUGGACGUUUCUGUCCUGGUAUUUCAAACUCCUGAACAGUCUGAGCGUCUCGAACUUACUCAAAGUUUUCUCUCAGUUCGAUGGAAACGAUCAGACUCUCCUGACAUUUGGAAAAACUGGAUUGAGACCCAUUUUCCUGAAGUCCUGAAGCACAUUUGGAGUUUAUUUAACCACAGUCUGUUUGAAACAUGGACGUAGGCUCUGUGAUGUUACUCAUGGGUUCCUGAAAAAGGAGUUUGGAGCCUAAAUGUUGGCCGCCAUGUUGGAAAUGUCGACUUAAACCAUCUAGAAACCAGCAAAGAGGCUUAGAGAUAGAGAUAGAGAGUAGAGAUAACAGUUAUUAUGAUUUAUCACUAUAUUCACUGUAUUUACUGUUAGUAAACAACAGGCAACAACAGAAUUAUAGAAUAUAAUCUCUAUAUGGUUACCCUCUGGUUUCCAGAGACGGGGUUUGGACCCGGUCACCAAUUGGAGAUGCUAAAUCAAUCUAACUCUUGUGGAAGUGAGAAAGCAGAGGCAAAGGGGCGGAGUUAAGGUGGAGUUAACGUGGGCGAUCACCCCCAGUUUUCACCGCAUCUCAAACGGCGGCGAUUUCUGCUGUCCACCAGAUCCAUUAGUGAGGUGAAUUUCAUGGCGGGUUGCGGACGGCAGGAAUCGCGAGAACUCACACGAACCCACAGAUUCACGUACAAUCGCGAGAUAACAAGUUGUCUCUUAGCCGCAUAGAUAAAGGUAAACACACACACACACCGCCUGGAUGUGGUGUAAAUUGGGGGUUAGCCUCUGCACCUGUCCGUUAAAGAAGUGAUGCCUUUAAAUAUCUUGAUAACCUCAAAACUACCAACGUUUUAUUGAUUGACCCUGAACAGUGUGAGCAGAUAAUGAGACCAAACCUGUUUUUGUACCAGCCUGUAAAUGUGUGUGAUUCUGCUGUAAAGAUCAGUUUUUCAGAAUGGGUGUGUGUGAGGUCUAUGGGGCUUUUGAAACCAGCCUCCAGUGGACACUUAGGGAACUGCAGUUCACGGUUUAGUCCAGGGUCAGGACUCUUCCUCGAUUCUUAAGGACAGAGAAACUUGUUAUUGGAGGUUAAUUUGUGAUUUCUUCUCUCUGUGGAAAUAUCUGAUCAACUUUUGCAGAUUAAGAAAUAUUUUACAGAAUCACAGACAGAGUCAUGCUUCCUGCUGCAGGUUUAAAGGGAUAUUCCGGCGUAAAACUAAUUUAGAGUCAAACACACCGUAACACCGAGUUAGACCCCCCCUCUAGAGAUGAAUGUUGCCGACCGCUUGAUUCUCUAGUUAUACCAACUUUAGUAACGACCACAGAGCUACGUGUCAACCAAAACACCACUCUAUAGCCACAAAUAAUGCUCAGAACAGCACCUAACUUCAUCAACAGGACAUAUAGGGUCACAGACAUAGUACUAGACACCAAACAUCUUUUUAACUUUGACUCAUUUCUUUAACAAAGAGACUAAACACAACUCACCUACUCUCUUCCAGCAGACGCUUGUUUGUAGAGAGACCUCAGGCCAGUCCAUUACGGACUACAGCGGGGUGCCGCAGCUCAAGGAAGAACAUUUAUGAUCAUUUCUUUAUCAUUUCCUUGAAGUAAUAAUCACCAUAUUAAUCAUUUUACAGACGCUGUAGUUCUUCUGUUUUAGCAUCUCGGUCUGAUUGUAUUUCCAUGAAGAAAUGAUCAUAAAUGUUCUUCCUUGAGCUGUGUCACCCCGCUGUAGUCCGUAAUGGACUGGCCUGAGGUCUCUCUACAAACAAGCGUCUGCUGGAAGAGAGUAGGUGAGUUUUGUUUAGUCUCUUUGCUAAAGAAAUUAGCAAAGUCUGUCCUUUUGCCAGUUCUGGACUCCACUUUUUAACGUCUUUCCUCUCAUUUUUUUGACAUUUCAGUGAAAACAGAAAAAAAGCUUCUUUACUGCGUCACACUUGAGCACAUGUAUGAUCACCCACAGCGUGCCCAAGUGCGCCUUCCUCGCUGCACAACGGCUGAUGAAGCGUACCAUAUCUGGGUGUCAUAUUUAGAACUCAUACCGGCCAGACAAACCGGACCUUAGGGGUCAUUAGAGGUCAAAUGAGCCUGAUACAGAGCGCACCCUCAAACUUUCUGUUACCUGCUUGUUUGCUGUUGAAUCCCCUCCACCUCUCUGCUACUCUACUGCUCAUGUGCAAACAGCACUUCAUCAGUUUGAGUAUGUAAAUGUAUCUUGAGCGUUGUGAGGUGAAAUACGUGCACCAAACAAACACUCAAGAUGCAUUUACAUAGUCUUGGUAAACGAGAAAUUAACCUCCUCACCUCGAAAUGAUGUCAGAUUGAUUUGGUUCAGUCUGAGUUAAAUCUCUUAGUGCCCCGAGAUUAUGGUUUUACUGCAGCGCUCUCUCAUAAAGAGGCAUUAGAGAAGACACUGAGACAAAUAAAGGAUAAAAAGUUCCCCUUCAGUAGUUUUCGUCGUGUCCUAUCAGAGUCCUUGUUAUCGUUUAAGGUCAUGUCUGAAGUGUUUUUAGCAUCAGCCUGUUAAAAUGUGAGCUAACAGAGAUCCAGAGGUCUGAACGACACGACAAAGAGCACAAAUGUUGUUCUCACACCCUGAUCAGAGCUCUGGUGGUCCUCAGCUGCUCUCCUCAGUUUGUUUUCACACAUUUACUCUCCUGCAGCUGUCUCACACACACACACAUUCACACACACACCGAGGUGGUCGAGAUGUUGUUAAGUACUCUGUUUCCACUAGAGCCUCUGAUUAAGAGAGGAUCUUUAUUUUCUCGCCCUGACGUGAAAGUCCUCGUCUGUCUGAUCUUCACUUCGGUUCAUAAAAGAGGCUUUAACAGCUCAGUGGGAUCUGCUCCGACUUCAUGGUCCUCAUCGAUUAUUCAUGAAGAGCUCAGAGGACGUGCUAACGAAGGAGAAAACCAACUUUAGCCCUUUAGCCCCAAAACUCUCUGUUUUUACCCUCUGAGGUAAAACUGAAUCACAGUCAGAAACACAAACCCUCACUUUCCUGACUGAUGAAGGUUUUUUUCAUGACUCAAACUGAAAAUUAAAGGCUGACUCAUGGUUUCAUGGCUCUAUUUUGGGAUCUGAAAAACUUCCAGGCAGAGAAAGUUUGUUAUUGGUGAAUCCAGGAUCCAAAACAAAAGUCUGUAACAGACGCAGACACAGUCUUAGAGGACGAAUGUGACGAAUUUAGGUCCACUGAAAGUUCUGGUUCUUGUCCUGGACGAUGUUAAUAUUAUAGAAAGGAUCCAAACAGAUUCAGACUUUAGUGUUUCAAAAAUCAGGGUGGAAAGUUAAUCCUUUCACUCACACUACUUUAACUUAGACUUUCAAGAUUUCCAUCAACUUUAUAACAGACAGCUGAUUGGAUGAUAUCUGCAUUUAUCGCAAUUCUUGUCAUACUAUGUCAUAUAUCUCCUAAAAGUAUGAUAAACACUUUUAUUAUUGAUUAUAAACGCUGAGAGACACUAUAGGAUGAUCAAAUGUGAAGCUUUGUGCAGCUAUGAGUGUCUUAUAUUCAAGAAUAAUACUUUAAUAAACAUUUAUGAACAUUUAUAAAAGUUUAUAAGCUUCUUUGAAGGUCUUACAAGUUGGUUUGUUAUCCAUUAUAGCUUGUUAAAAAGAUCUAAAUAUAUAAAGUUUUACCACAUUUCCUAAUAAAUUCUCAGUUUCACAGCUGGUUUCUCCUGCAGACAUUUGAAUAAUUACGAACAAUGAAGUCUUCAGUCUGCAGGGUCCGUCUACGAGAGAGCGAAACUGAAAGAUGCUGCAAAGACAUUUAAAAAAACUUCACACAGAGACAAAAUCACUUUAAACAUUCAUGUUGUUGGUGAGAUUAUAACUAUGUUUGGAAAAAUUGGUACUUAAGUGCAUUUCAGAUCAAGUUUAUUUUACUUUGACUUGAGUGUAUCUGAACUCUUUCCACCCCUGCAGAGACGGUCUUCACAGCCCGUCUCUUUUUCUCCAAACUCUCCAUCACCACCGCCGCCUCCACCGAACUAUUUUUGACUUCAUUGUGUUUGAAAUUAUUAGUUCUUAACCGACAUGAUCCAAGAGUGACCAAAAACGGUCUGGAAAAGCAGGCAGCAGUGGAUGAGAGACUCUUUCCUUCUGUGAGCUUAAAUUGAUGUUUUUGUCUAUGGAGUUUGGUUGCUGUGGAGACAGAGAUCGCUGUUUGUUUGGCUGUUUGGCUGGUUCUGGUUCUUAGGCGGCACAGGACAGACCCAGUUGCCCCCUUGUGUGCCAAAGCCCACCUACUACCAAACAUGCCGGGGUCAAAGAGAUGAACCGUACUCAAGAAGUGUUGUCUUUAAUUAAAAAUGUUUGUAAUUGUGCUUUUUAGGCUUAAACAACUUAAGAAUAUUUCUGUUUCAUUACCAGCUGAAAAAAGUUUAAAAAUAGUUUAAAUUUCCAGAAAUAAGGUGUAAUAUCUCAAAAUGAGAUGUAUUUAUUAAGGUGGGAGUAAAAAUCGAGUCACAUAAGUAUCGCAAUUUUUUUGUUUCACAAAUUUAAAAUCAAUUUUUAUUUUAAAAAAUCUUUUUUUUUUUUUUUUCAAAUUUAGGAAUAAAAUUUAAAAACUAACUGACAUACAUGUGAUGUGUAUUUUUUGGGUAAAUAUGGUUCCUGAAGUAGUCAGUAGAUGAUCAUAAUCAUUUAACUGUUUCACUGGAGUUAAAAAUGCAGAAUAAAGAUAAACAAUAUCGUAGAAUCACAAUUUAAAUUGAAUCAGCAAAAUCGUAGAAGAAUCAAAUGGAGAGAUGAUUAAUAUCUGGUUUUUCGACUAAUAUUAGACAAAAGAAUAUGUUUAAAUGCAACGUUUAACAAAAUCUGACUUUUCUUGAUACCAGAUAAUAACAGAAAACCAUCCUUACAGCCUGUUUCUUUAAAUCUGCUGAAGAAUUUCAAACAUUUAGUCAAAAAUAUGUUAGAAACGAGAGUCUUUCUCGGUUCUGGCGCCCCCUCUGGACAAAGUGGAAAUGCAGAUUGUUGCUGAUUUUUCAAAAGUGGUUUUAAAUGUCAGAAAAUCUGUAUUUGUCGUCUUUAGUUUGAAUAUUCGCUGCAGGAAAAGUUACUGAGGUUGUUUCUGCAGCGUCAAUCACAUGUUACCGAUGAUAGACCGGUCAAUCUCAGGAUCAAUGGGUGUUAUUGAUCAGUGUGAGGAUUUUCUGGAUUCCUCCUCUCUCUCUCUCUCUGUUUCUGUCUCUCUCUCUGUCUCUCUGUCUCUCUCUCUCUCUUUGUUUACUGUCUCAGCUGCUGACUGAGUGACGGCUGUGUGACUCUAAACAUGCGCUGACUCAGUCUCCACCAGUGUGUGAGUGUCCCUGCUGCUCUGCUAACAGCUCAGUGGGAAGUCCUGCUCCUAUUUCUGACCCUGAGAGCUCUCUGAGAGUUCACCAGGACAGUCAGGACGGUCGCUGCAGACCGGGUCCAGGUGGAGGGAUAGUUCCUAUGAAUCUGGAUGAACAGGUUUUCAGAGCGGUUUGAGGAUCAGGCUGCUGCAGCUGAGGACACGUGGGACUGUGUUGAGUCUGAGGGAAAUGGACUGAAAGCUGUUUUCUUCUUUCAGGGACUGUGCUGCACAGAAACGGGCCAGACCCAAGAGCCUCGGACCCAUGAUGGGUGAGUACAGACUCUAUACGGCAUAUUUGACUCUCACUCUCUCAUUUUUAAAUGUUAUUUCAGAUUUACAAACACCCAAACACCUCCUCACAGAUACAGGCGGCUGUGUUGACUCAUUUAGCUGUUUGUGUGGGCAGCAGUGUGUGUAACCGCUGUGAGUCUAUGAAUGAGAGAUUUGUUAGUGUCUAAGCAGCCCCCACCCUUUAGAAGGUGUGUUUGUGUCUAAAAUAGGUGAGUGUUCAGUUUAUUUAAAGGUGAUCUUAUCGUUUCUGUGGAAGUUUUCCUCCUUAAAUGACUCUUUUCUUACAGACUGUUGAUAAAGAAGUAAAAGAGAAGUUAUUUAUGUAUUAGUGCAAUAACUGAGAAAGGAGCAGUUACAAAAAUAUGAGUUUUUAUGCUGCAGAGAUUGAUACCAGUCUGUGAAAGCCUGAUAGUUAUUCUCUAAAGUCUGUUUACUGUAAAUUUGACUAAAUCCGUCAAUAAAUGAGGAUUAACUUCAGAUUUCUGAUCCUGAUUCUCCUCAGAUUUUAUAAACCGUCUCUAAACUCUGCACUCACACUCGUAUUCACUCAACCUCGGCUCAGACUGUCUGUCUGCACAAUAAGGGUCUGUUUCCAUUAAUACUGUGUUUCUACCAGGAGCUCUGGUUUGAUAUGGUGCACACUUACUUAAACUUACAAAGUCAUAAAUAACUAAAUAAGAGACCAAAGACCACACUACUGUUUAACACCCCUCUGUUGUGGUACGAAGCUUGUUUUUCUUUGUUUAUUUCAUUAUUAUAUAACAGGGUUCCUACACAGUUUGAAUUUCCAUACUUUUCCAUCUUGAAAUAUUUACUUUUCUAUUUUAGAAAACAGUAUUUUAGGAAUUGUGGUAAAAUAGUCUGUUAACAUAAAUAUUUUUCCAUACUUUAUUUUUUUAUAUUUCAGACCUUUUAAGACCUGGAAAUUGGUCAUAUUUAUCUCCAUACUUUCCAUACUUACAUUGGAACCCUGUAUAUGAUUCACAUAUUUGCAUGUAUAUUUUUUACUAAACCAUGAAUAACUAACAGGUAAAAGAGAUUAGAUUCUUUAAAGAGAACCUAGUUUCAAAAGUUUGCUUUUCCAGACAUUUAAAACUUGACGAAAGUAUCAGUGUAAACAGGCCCUUAGAGGUGGGGUAACUGCUUCUGUCAGUGUAGAGGGGCCCUUAGAGAAAUGAAUUCAGUUAAAACAGAAAUAAAGCAUACAGAGUAGUUCAAAACAGACUUAUUAAUCUGACAACAUGAAGCACCUGUGUGAAGCUCUUAAACUGGGGGUCAUGUCCACUGUCAGUGAAAACACCAUCUGUGGACACAGGCCCUCAGCCGGCUCACACUUCUCCUGAUCUCAGGGUAAAACCAGGGCUCUGAUUGGUGGUUAGGUGAUGUGAGGUGAUGUGUGAAAGUCCUCGGUAAAGUUUGAUUCUGUUGAACAUCGUUCUUCUCCGGGUUUUUCUGAUCGAGGAGGAGGAGGAGGAGGAGGAGGAGGAGGAGGAGGAGGAGGAGGAGGAGGAGGAGGAGGUUACCUGAAUUACCUGUCACCUGUGAUCAGGGCUGUAAAAUUCUCAGCCUGUUUAUAGACCAGAAGAAAACUAAGAGGAACUGAGUAGGAACAUGUUUCCUUUGAGUCGUUUCAGUCCGAACACUCAGGUGUGCUCUGAUUAUAGGGGCAGCUUUAUAACACAGGUCCUCAUAAGUGCAGUCGUAUAUCGAUGUGUGUAGUGUUAGCAUGUUUGCAGCGGUGCGUCACUCCGAUCUCUGUUGUGUAACGUUCAGUCCUCUGGUCUUCAGCAGCUCAGGUCCCAGGCCUGCAUCCAGAACCUCCUCUACCUUUCAGCUUUUAAUAAUAUUUAAUGUGCCGCAAUUUAAAGAACCGUCAGAAACCCGAACGCUGCCAGAACCGUCCUGAUUACACCCCCUGAGAUCUGGCGCUCUGCCCCCCCCACUCUUAUUGGCCUCGUGUUUAAAGAGUAAAACACAAACUAUUGUACGAACCUCUCCUGCGUGCAGUUUUCUGGGAACGCUCCCGGCCUUUUAGAGAGGAUAAGUUUGGCUUAGAGACGACUUCAGAGUCCUGGAAGAGGUUCAGCUGGACCAGAAUAGCUGCUCCGUGUCAGUUUUACAUACGUGUGCGAGAAUGCAGCUCAUAUAUCCAGGUUUAGGAGGGUUAUUAUGAGGAGAGGGUCCUUCAGGAGGACUCAGAGUCUGUAUGGGAACUUUUCAGCUCUGCUGUUUAUGGACCAAAUGUAUUUAUUUGAUUUAAACACUUUAAAAAACUUUACUUUAUAAAAAUGCUUAACCUAAGGGUAAACAAAGCUGUAAAAGAGUUUUAGUCACAUUAAUAAGACGCUUAAAAUAUGACCGUGAGAGUCUCAUCCAAGUGAAGAAAUGUCUUAUUUUAUAAAUGUUCAGAUGAUGUUUUCUCUUGUUUUUGAGAGUAUGAGUCAGAAGUUCAUGUGAUGGUCAAACUGGAGUCACUGUUGUUGUUGUUAUUGUUGUUGCAGACAGGGAGAAAACUCUGAACUUAGAAACACACAAAAUCCUCCGUCUGUGGAGAAACGUUGAUCAUGAGGUGGAAUAAAUCCAGAGAGUUUAUCGUUCAUUAAACUGUUUCCUGAAGCUUCUUGUAUAAAAACAGAAAAGAAAAAUCUGAACCAAAGAUGAGUUUCAGUUAAAGGAAUUAAACCCUAGAUGCGAACGAAAUAAGCGUAUUAAACAACUUUUAGUUUGUGUCAGAGCUCAUAACUCUAAUCUGGAGGAAACUCACUACACUCCGAAAUCUCAGUCUCUCUGUGUCCACCUGACGCUGACGAACACAGGUGAGAGCUGGAGCAGGUGAGGUCACAGCGAUGGACCAGCACAGCUAUUAGAUCCCGAAGCGAUACAGUGUGAUCUGAAACGGCAUGAAAUUAUUUGCAAUAUACAUAAUUGUGAAAAAACCAAUGUGAUAGAAACCGUGUUAUGAAAUGACAGGAUAUGAAGACUUGAAACGAUACAAUAAGAAAUUAAAUGAUUUAAAUUGAAAUGAUAUGAUUUGAUACAAUCUGAGACGAUGUUACAGUGACAUGAAAUGAAACAAUAUGAUAUGAAAAUGGAGAAAUGAUGAGAUGAUACAAAACGAAACUAUCUGAAAUGACACAAUAGAGUUCAAUAUGAAAUGAAACUGUACAAAACACUGUACUAAGACUGUCAUGCUAUGAUAUGAUUGACACACAUUAUGGUCUCCUCAGAGAAAUAAUUAAAUUAAACAUAAUUAAAAAAACAACAAUAACCUUUAAACAGAAUCAGAAGCAGACAGACCCUCAGUUUUAGUUUUUCGUAGAGAUCGUCCCGCUGCCGUUAUUUUCUUCUUCUAACAUCUGAGUUUUGCUUUGCUUGUCAAAUUCUCGGUGUUGCAGCAGGUAUAUUUUCCAUCGUCAGAGGUCAGAGGUCAGAGGUCAGAUACAGAAAUAGAAACUGGAAAUAUCCAAGGAAUCUCCAGCAGAAGUUUAAGAGGUUAUUUCUCAUAUUUCUCUGCACAGAUUAAAAAAUAACCUUCUUGUUGUCUCUCUUUUCUUCUCUGUGUGCAGAUUUCUCUCGUGAUGAAACUGAGAAAGGUCCACCUGUCCAGACGCACAGCCUCCGAGAGUUCGAACAGGUAAGACAUUCGCUCUCUACGGUCAUGUGACCCUCGCUGAUUUUAUAACGGGAUCCUGCAGAUCUGAUGGUUUUGGUUUCUGUCGGAAAAUUUUGAGCCUCGAGGCUCUGCUGUUGUUGUGUAAGUGUGUGUAACUGUGUGUGUGUGUGUGUGUGUGUGUGUGUGUCCGGGCUUGUCUGCGCUCUGUGGUAAUGACUGUGUAGGUGUGUUUGUGGAGAUGAUGUGGAGAUGAUGUGGCAGCUGAAACCCUGGAUGAGUCAAAGAUCUUCCUCCUCCUCUCCUGUCAGUCUUCAUGCUGUAAUUCUCUUCCUCAUUAUAGACACACCUACAUGGAUUAUAAAGACGCUGAUAAUCCAGGUUUUAUAGAUAAUCCUCAAUCUGAAGUUUUGUCCUUUGUCCUAUUUAAUCUCAACACCAGGACUGUAGGAGUGGAUCUGCUGUGGUCGGAGCUCUAAAAAAUGGAGCUUCUCUGACUUCUAACAACAGAAAUCCAAAGACUCAGUAGAAACACCUGAAGUUCUGGUUCUUCACCUGUUCUUGUCAAAGAUCCUUCAUGUAGUUCUCACGGUGAAGGUCCAGGUCAGACCUUAAGUCAGUUUCCUGGAUGCAGACCUGGACCCCCACACGCAGACUCAGAUUUGGACCAAUCAGGCGUUUUAAAUCCUGAGGCCACACAGCCAAACGUCCGCUCUGCACUUUCUCCUCUGGUUCUGGUUCUGAGCCACACUAAUGGAUUCUGGGAUGUGAGCCAGGUGCAUUAUGGGUCUGAUAUAACUCUGGAGGUGCUCGCUGUGAUUACUCCGUCCCCCCUUUUAGAGCGGGACAGAGCUCUGGUUGAAGUUCUGCAGAGACCGGUUUGUGUUUGGUGGAUUCUGUGAAACCUGAAGGAGAUCAGAUCUGGAGACUCUGUGAUUCUUUUCCUAAAUGACGGUUAAACUCUGUAAAUGGUGGUAAUUUAAACCAUGAGUAUCAGGCCCACGGGUCUUAGAGGAUCUGCUGUUCCCACUCAUGAAGAUCUGGUCCUGAGGGAGCUCUGCAGAAACUCCUCUGAUCGGGUCAUGAGUAAAGAUAUUCACGGCUCUGCAUCUCUGACUGUUUUCAGUUCAGAUACACACUCUGCUCAGAGAAACACACACACGAAGAUUACACACAACACCAGUGUGAGUGAGAGCCGACUGAAGAGUGGGAUCUGUCACUCAGGAUAAAAACACAGAUCAGGAGGUGUGUGUGUGUUCGCCUCAGCUGUGCUAGUUACUGAAAAAUAUUUACUAGUUAUUUAGGUGGUCUUUACACGAGUACGAAUUUGUAAGAAACGGUAAAAUAAACUAUUGAUCUGGUGAUAUUGACACACGGAGACGUGUAUUCGUCCAUGACUCCGCCUCUUUUUUGAAAACGGGUCUGCAGGUGGAUAUCUGGGUAUUCGUCUUCACGCCGUCGUGUGUGUGACAACCCACAUUGUCACACACUCAGCAUGUAUUUAUGCACAUUCUCUGUUAUUCUCUGUUUUUGGUGCUUUGUGGUAAUUUCACAGCGUCACCUUUAGGCCGGGCGUAUGAACUACAGGAUUUUGCGUUGUCGUGUAAAUGCACUAAGCCUCUGUACAAUAUGAUGUGUAAACAGCGAUAGAUGUUUUGGUGCCGACGCCAAGACAAUACGGGGUCGUCCUCGUGUGAGGAGAGUCUCAGUAAAAAAGUAACUCAGUUAGUGAAACCAAAAAGUAAAGUGUUACUGAGAAAGUCAUUGUUUAUGUUAAACGUUCUUCAAAUGCUCCCAUUAUAUGAAGGUGGAUCGAUUAAGUUCAUUUUAAUUCUGUCCUGAUACUGAAUAAAACAAACUGUUGAUUAAAACACUCGUUUAAAUUCAUUUACAUCCACGUCACUGAAUCUAUUCUGAAUAUGAUCACAAACACAAACCUCGACAAACUUUAGAAUAACAGCCUGAUGUCGCUAAAGAAGAGCAAACUAAACAAUUAAACAAACCGUGUUUUUGUUUAUCAAGUUGUUCCUGGAUAUAGAUCCGUCUUUCCAACUCCAACCGCUGCUCGGGUGGAGUGGGCGUGUCCUCGCUGCUGUGACUCUCGGUCGCGGAUACUCUGUUAGCCGCCUCAGCUGCUAACUUUGUCGGAGCACGCCACUCCUCUCGGUGCUUCAGUAGAUUUCUGUUGCUCGAUUUUUGACCCGAGACUCAGUUUACAUGUUACUGAAAUGUUGAUUUUGCUCUUGAGUUGAAUAUCAUGUGAGUACGUCCAUGAAGAGAAACUUAUCCUACCCUUCUCGCUCGCCAUCACGCCGUUCCCUGACCUGUCCAGUCCUCUUCAUGGCGCAUGUUUGAUUACGUUUGUGACGUCGGAGGGUGACGAGUGUUUUGUUUUUCCAAUUCAAUUAAACUUUAUUGAUCACUCAGAUGUUAUAGGAACUGUGUGCCGAUGUAAAACAAAAAGGAACAGAGUAACUGAUUUUUAAAAAAACAACACGUUAGAUUAUCAGUGACUGAAUAAAGUAACGCCGUUACUUCCCAACCUGAGGACAGACGCUCUAAAUUAUGUGUUUUUUUUAAUGUUAAGAUGUUUCUCUCAGUUUUGUCCAUUUUCUUGUUUUUAUCCUCGAGCACAUUCCUCCUUCAGGCGUGUUUUUGGUUCUCUGCAGAAUCUCCGUGUCGCUGAUUCAGUCUUCAUGCAGAUCGGCUCUCGGUGAUCGAUCCAGAAUAUGGAGAUGUUUGUUUUUUUUGUUCCCCCUGAAGCGGUGGAGAGGAGGCAGAGCGCCGAGCUCUUGGCCGCCUCCUUCGAUCCGACAUUAGUGCGUGGAGGGAACAGCAGCUCCUCUUUGAAGUUCUCCUCGCUCUCCCGCCGAGGGAUGGAGGGAUGGAGGGAUGAGUCAUGGUUUCUGCAGACGGAGGAACUUAAACAUCGGCUUCGAAUGGAGGGAUGAGAUAAUAGACGGACUGUUGAUGUCUGAAUUACAGUCGAUACGCUGCAGAUACACAUUAAAGGGCCAGUCCGUGUUUUUUUUGUAUGUUAUGGCUGCAUUGUUCACUCAUUCAGUGUCAGCUUCAUUUAUAACAUUUUCACAAUAGAAGUUUCUGUAUCUUUCAGGACACACAGAAUAUCUCGUGUUUGGACUAAAAUUCAGUGAAAUAUCUCAAAAGACAGGAGUGAUUCUCGUCUUUCACCAGAAACAAAAGUGAGUCUCUAACCCGCUCCUGUCUUUAGUUAUUGUCUGCUCACUGCAGCGUGGUCGUAUCGCCUUUGCCGAUCAGGAAAAAACACAUUUUUACGAUAAAGCAGAACUCUGAUCGUCUUUUUCAUUUCACUUCAAACUACUUUACCGCUGGCAUCAAGCUCCUCCCUCCUCAGAGAUCACUCAUGGCUCUCAAGAUAUUGAUUGGUCGCUUUGUGACCUGACGAUGCGACGCAAACCACAGACUGCUCGAGUCCUCCUUGCUGGGACUGUCGCAGAAUUCUGGCUCAGUCUCGCUCACCAGUAUCGGCACCGACGGCACAACGACACGCCGGAAAAUCGUUUCUUUGAUUGUCUGCUGACGAUGUGAAGGUCCAGUUCUGGGAUCUCCAAUGGAGCCAGAGAGACCGUUAAGACCGUUAGCUCCUGGCUAAUGACUUCGGCAUUUUCCGACUCUCCACAACUCGGCUAACUGGCACACUUCUCACUGUUCAGUACUGUUCAGUAUGGCGUAUCUGUCGGCUUCUGCGUUCAGAACGACCACAAACUUAGUCGCAUGUUAGAGAGGAGCGCCCUCCAGUGGAAAACAAAAGAACUAAAAAAUCCGUCUGUGGUACUGAAUGAGUUAAUCGAGGUCCGAUGAGAAAAUAACUUUAAAUUUUGCUCGACUUAAGCGUGAUGUUCAGCGUCAGUCUGAGCCAAUUGUUGAAGAGAAAUGGACGAGUUAACUCGGGACCAUCUGAACCGUUUCAGAUGUUCCACCUAAGUUUCUGGAAGUUCUUUGGAGACCUUCACCAAACACGAUGUCCACAGCGAUGAGUCUCUCCCUCCGUCUCUGCUUUCAAUUCAGACGGCGAGAAAACUGGCGUGAGGCGACUGAGAACCUCCACGUUGAGAUCUUCGCAGCAGCAGAUCAGCAGGUCUGAUUUAUUAGAUUUCCAUCUGGAGAGUUUACAGCUCCGAGUCUGAAACGAUAACAAACAGAAACAAGUGCUUCUUAAUAAAGAGCAGAGACGUGACGGUCGGAGUCCUGUCGGAGAAAGUUUCCACUUUUUGACGGAGCAGAUUAAAGUUUGUGACCUCUCUGCGGUUUCACGUUAAGUUCUCCUGACAGUGGAGACGUUUGUUGGUCCUCUCGUCGUGCGGGUUAUUGAAUCCAGGUUAUAAAUGUGCAGUUUGUCCUCUCUCCACAUUCACGUCAGUUUAAAGUCGGCGGGUUUGGAGGAAACUGGAACCUGCCAGAGCUGCGUUUGUAGCUGUCAAACAUCCUGGCUCUGCCGUCCUGAGGUUUCCAAAAAAAGGGGGAAAAAUCCUCCAAUCAAAAGUCCCCGUUCUCGAAUGGCCUUUAUUAGUCCACAGGAGAAAUUGGAAGCACAUGUCUGCCUAUGAAUGUGGAUUCGAACCGACCGCAGAGACACUUAGAUUGAUAGAAGAAGGGGGUGGACGGGCUCUAAUUUCUGCCAUUAAAACCUCAGGACAAAUUAGGGUUGUUAAUCUGUUAUUCUGCCCUCGCUCUCACUGCUCACUUCUACAAAAGCCACAUUUGCUAUGAAAGGUCUGUCAGAGCGGGAUUACUGUUACCACCACGCUGUCUGUAAUGGAUCUGGUCUGGAUCAGAAUCCAGACCAGAUCCUGCUGCAGCUGAAGUGUGUGUGUGAUUAAAAACGACACGUUUCCUUUAAGUCUCUUUAUCAGCGCCGCCGCCGGGGUUCAUCUCCUCCUCCUCCUCCUCCUCCUGCUUCUUCUUCUUCUUCUUCUUCUGCUGCUCUACGAGUUUUUGUUGUGGCGUCAGAAAAUAGGUCAGAAUACUGUGUGUGUGUGUGUGUGUGUGUGUGUUCCACCCUCCAGCUGUUUACGUCGCUGAUAUCUGCAGCUCUGCAGGAGAACGUCAGGAACAGAGGAGCAGAGAUGUUUAGAGGAGCAGACAUCCUCUCACCUCAGAUUUCAGGUUUUAAGUUCAUGCAUGAAUCUGAGGAGUCGGAGCUGCUGCAGAUUUGUCUAAUUUUAGCUGAAUGGUGGUGGUGGUGGUGGUGGUGGAGGGGCAUAAAAGCCAGGAUGAAUCCAGCAGCUCCAACCAGCAUGAAUGAGCUUUAAACACAGACCCCCAAAACCUAAAUUCAGCUGCAUGUGUAAAUAAAUGUAUUUCUGAGGAUGAUGAUGAUGAUGAGGAGGCGUCAACCAGACACGUAGUCAUCUAAUCAUAUAUGACAUGUUCUAGUGCCGUGUAUGGGGAAAAACAGACGCAUGUUUUCAUUGUUGUUUUGACGUUAAUUUCCACAUAAAGCCUGAACAGUCAGCCUUUUUGUCUUUUUCUCCAGAAUCUCCUGCGUUUCUUUGUCAAAAAUAGAUUUAAAUUAUCCGUCUUUCUUACUCAAAUCUGGUCUGAGGGAAAGAGGAUUUAGGUCCUCAAGAAGAGAGAAAAAAUUAAUCACAGGAGGAAGAUUUUUUUUAUUUUCAUUUCAAUUUAAAGUCGGAAUUACGGGGAUAAAGAAAUUUAAAAAUGUCUUGAUUUCGACUUAGUUCAUUUCUGAUUUAAUCUCAAAAUUUUAAUUUUUUUAAACUUGAAAUUUUGAUAUUCAAGAUAUUUGGACAUUUUGUAAUCUCAACAUUUUGACUUUAAUAUUGAAAUUUCAAGAUUUAAGUUGAAACUUGAAAAGUCAAAAUUUCAACUUUAUUCAUGUCGACUUUAAUCCAGAAAUUUUGGCUUUUAUCCCAAAAUUUUGACUUUAAUCCAGAAAUUUUCCACUUUGAUCUAAAAAUUUCGACUUUAAUCUCAAAAUGUUAAUUUUUCAAUCUCAAAAUAUCAACUAUAAUUUUAAAAUUUGGACCUUAAACCCAAACUUCGACUUUAAUCUCCUUCCUGUUAAUGUUAUUUUUCUCUUUAUGUGGCCCUAAUCCUCUUUGGACUGAAGACGUCAUUAAACUGCAUUCAUAUUUAGUUUCCUAACAGAACCAGAUUCGGACCUCUGAACAGAUCCUGUCCUUCAAUCCAAACCCACAGAGUCGGAUCAGUGAAGCUCCUCAGAGUCUUCAGAUAAAAUCUAACGUAUAAAAGUGUGAAGAUGUUAAAACAGGAGUGAUGGUGGAGGGAGAGGAUGAGAGGAGUGUUUGGAAACCAGAGGAGAGGUCAGAGACGUCUGUGGAGGACGAGCGAACAUGAACAUGACGAAGAGUUUUCUAUGAGAGAGUUUGUUUUAGGAGGGAGAGACAGAAACAGCUGAUCCAGAGAGAAAAGGACGAGGACGAUGACGAGGUUUAAGAAAGAAAGAAAGAAGAGUCUGUUUGUUCUCCUGAUGCCCACUCUCCUCUCCUGAAGUCUGAUCCUCAUUUCCUCCUCUGGGAUUCUCUCUAAUCUCCCACCAAGAAUAGAUACUGAUGCUCGGACGUCUGUCUGCGCCCUCUCCGACCUUCACUGUAAAACAUCCUCCGUCAAAUCAGAGUCCCACGUUUCUAUGUGAGCAGAAAAACUGCAGAGAUGACCGAGUUUUCAAACCACCGUAAAAACUCAAUCACUUAAAUAGGUCGACUGAAUAUUUCUCCUCCUGCUUUGUGAGGUUGAGAACUUUAAAGUUCGUGCGGUCCUACCUUUAGUCAGUUAAAGCGUAGUGACCGAGGUCAGAGUCUCGUCUCAGAGUGGAGAUACUAAAGAAAGAGUUCAGGUCGACUGAUACGCCAAAGAAGAGUCUGAAUGUGUUCAUCACAGCUCUGCUCGGUCUGAACUCUGACAGAGUUACAGUAAGAAGUCAAACCUGGACGACAGAAUCAGAGUCAGACGCUCAGAUUUAUCUCAGUGAAAACUCGACGUUGAAAUAUCGCUCAGCUGCUCUCUACAAAUGUCCAACACAUCCUCCUCUCCAUCAGAGCCAAAGAGUGUGAAGGUUGGGUGUCUGUGUUUGAUAGAGCAGCAGAGUUUUGGGACGCUCCGCCGUGUUGAGUUAGAGUUUUUUUUAGAGUGUAUCCGGUGGACGAGCUGAUGAGCGUUAAUGGACGUGCUGACAGUCAGGAGUCUGUUUUCACCGCAGCUGCAGCAGCACUCAGACGAUCAAUACAGCAGAUCAGCUUUCAGCACACACACACGCGCACACACACACACACACACACACACACACACACACACACACACACACACACACACACACACACACACACACACACACACACACUAAUUGUUGGAUGGAUGACGUUUUCUGCUCUUCAUCAAAUUUGUCCUCAAAUCUUCGGCGUGUGCGUUGUUCAGGCUCAGAGUGUUAUGUCUUGUAUCACAUGACGGCGCCGACAGCUCGUCUUUAUCACCAAUAAGUGAAACCAGCGACAACACGCUGAAAAAAAGGGAUUUAAGGAAAGGAAAACAGCCUUGGAUUAAGGAAAUAAGUCUGAUUAUUUGUACAAAAAGAAUAUUAAUCUUGUCGAACAUGUCUGGUGUUAGAAAAAUGAUCUAAUUUUAAAGAAAAUGGCUUUUUCUUGAUAAGAUAUUCGAACUAAUUUUGAGUUGAGAUAUGUACAACUUCAGAAUUUAAGAACGCCAUAAAACAAGAACAGUUGAUUUAGUUUUAUUAAGAUUUCUACUGCAGGUCGUCUGAACCUGAGAGAAUCUGCUGCCUCAGACAUGAUCUGACAUAUAAAGAUGUCAGGAGGCGAGUCUAAUAAUACAAUGACCAGAUGGAAACAACAAAGAACAACAAAGAACAUUCUUACUUGUGGAAUUAAAAAUAUAUAUUUAAUGAGAGUGUUUUAGUAUCUUGAUUUAAGACAACGUCACUUAUAUUUGCCGUUUGAACUUCUGUCAUGUUCAUUAAUAAUCCCAGAUUAAGGUGUUUUUGCUUGAAGUUCAUUCAUACAAGAGACUAAAACUCUCAUUUUAACUUCAUCUUCAUUUUUCAUUGUUUGCUGUAGAAAAAAUAAAUAUCAGAUUUUCUGUCUAGUUUUAAGUUUCAUUGACUGUCAGGGUCAAGAAAUUUGUCCUAAUUUUGAGAAUUCUUAAAUUUUACCCCAUCAGCAGAUUUUUUUUGCUUGAUACGAGAUUAUUUGAUUGAAUAUGAGAAUAUUUUGCUUCUUUCUAGUCGGGCUGUUUUUGCAUGAAUCACAGGAGUCUGAACACAUCAGCUGUUGGUUUAUUCAUAUACUAGGAGGGAGAGAGUUUUUGUUUAUUCCAUCAAAUAUACAUACAGUUCAGUUUUAGACGAGAAAUUCCCCUUUUUUUGGAGAUCGAAAAGGAGGAGGUAGAAGCUGUUUAGCUUCUACCUACCUUCCCUCAUUCCUUCCUGUUCAUUGACUUUUUACAUGUCUCUCAAAUUUUAGGAUUUCUUAAGUCGCCAAAAAGUAACUAAAGCUCCAAAUUCUAACAUGAAUAAGUUACAAAUCAUUAAUACUGAGAUAUGAGCAUAUUAUAUAUUAAGUAUGAAGUUUGAUGGUUUAAUAUGUGUCUUGUCCUUUCCAAAAUACCUAUACUCCUAACAUAGUUUAGUCCAUUUUCACCCCUAAAAAGUUACUAUUAUACACCCUUCCUAUCUCAGUAUUAUCAAUACUCACUUCACCCUCUGUAUUUGAUUGAAUUUGUCUCUUUCCAAACACUGUGAACUUUGUCUCAGUCAUGAUUAGGGAGAGUUUAUCCUCAUUAAACCAUCAUUUCAGUUUACUCAACUCCUCUGAAGUAUCCUUAGACGACAAAUCACUGAAAAGGAUUUAAAAAAUGAAGAAACUCCUGAUUUUAGGGUCUAAAAAUAACCGUCUAAAAGCUUCACUUGAACUCUUUAACUUGUAUUAUAUCUCCACUUUCUCUGGGUUCGAUUAAAAUGUCUGAAAAAGGACUAAUUCCACUUUUCUGGAGAGCGUUGGUUCAGAGAAAUCCCCGUCAAACAUCUAUAUCAGUAUAUUUUUACAGCUUUUGUGUUUACAUUCAUGUGAGAGCCUCAUAAAGAUGUCACCAUCUUCAUCCUGCUGCAUCUGAGCACGCUCAGAGGCCGCUCACAUGCUGCACCAGCGCCACCAUCUGGAGAGGCAGAGCGAGUGAGAGUCAGACUUUGUUAAUUGAUCCCAGCCGUCUGCAAUAAUUCGCCGCUCCUCUCCGGCGGGUCAGAGACGACAUAUUGACUUGAUCAGGGCGUCGGUCAUGGAUGAUAAUUGUUGGGUUAACGUGUUGGCUGAUCUGCUCCCGGCGUUAACUCCGAGUCCGCCUGCAGGAUUAACGUCACACCUGACAGACCCGGGUUUUCCUCCUGGACCGCUCCUGUCUCCUUUUGUUCCUGGAAAGUCUGCAGGAACAUCAUGAAGGGACGUCACAGCGGCAGAUCAUCUCCAACACGGAUGGUUCCUCCCUGACUCUCUCAGGGGCUGUGUGUGUGUCUGUGUGUGUGUGUCUGUGUGUGUGUGUUGGACAGUGUGUCCCAAAGCUCCAUUGUGUUUCCUCCAGGAUUAUAUUUCACCAUCUGCCCUCGGUGGAGCCCACAGAUCAUGUGGAAACGGUUACAAACAAAAGGCCAAAGAAGAAAAAAGACGUAUUUUUAUGAAUCGUUCUUCUACUUAGUGGUCGGCCGGAUCCUGCAAUUACACCGACAGUAGAGUCAGUCUUUAACGGCGAGGUCAGAGAGGCAGAGAAACCGCAGUCUGAGCACGCUCUGUGCUUCUGACCAAUCGCCCUCAGAGGAAACAGUCCGGCGUGGAAAAGACGCUCGGUGUCAAUGUGACGUUAGCGUGACUGAAACCACGAUUCACGCUCAGGGGAAACGGAGAAGUAUGAAGGGACCAUUGAGGACGAAGACUGGAGUGACGGGCUGCGGUUCGAGCUGAGCCGGGCUCGUCUAUGUGGACAAACUCACAGGGUGAAUCAGUAACUCUUAGUUGAGAGCGUCCUGCUGAGAUCGGCUCCGCCCCCUCGUGUUGCUGAUAAAGGAUGGAUGUCAUUUAAAGCUCUUUUAGUUCGAUUAUAAUCAUGUAUAGUUUCAGAAAAUUGAUUUCACUGUCGAGUUUGUUACACAGAAAUUGGUGAGACGUAGGGCUGAACGAUAAACCGAAAAUUCACCAAAACUGACGCCAAUAUUGAUUUGAGGACAGAUCGCCCAGCCCUUCAGUUAAGACUGGAAUCUUUUAAAGCAGCAAACUCGAUCAUCCUGUCGUAUCCUCCUCAAUUAACGCAGAAAAAAAUCUUUAAAAUGAACCUCAUCAGGUCUGUCUGGACUUUUGGACACAGCCCCCAGUGGACACUUGAAGAACUGCAGUUUUUGUUGCAUUUCUGGGGGGUACCGCUCGGUUUUGAUCCAUAAUUAUGCUGCGUUCCAGUUACUUCGGAAGUCAGAUGUCAGAGCUGGGAAUGACGGAACACUCAAGUUGACGGCGUUUCAGUAAACAAGUAGGAAAACCAAGAUGGAUGCCUACUGUUAGCAGUUGUGAGUUGUUGUUAGCUAUACCAUACUAUAUAAAUAUACUAUACUAUAUUGUUUUUAAAACAAUCAAAGUCUACGUUCACACUGCAGGUUCUGAUGCACAAUUUGGAUUUUUUCUUAAAUCCGAUCUUUUUGUGUGGUCGUUCACAUUACAACAACGAAGGCGUCAUCUAAUGUGAACAGAACACGUCCGUGAAGUGACCCCCAUGCGCACAAAGCACAAAUAUCUUUCCACUCCUGUUUGUGUUGUCGAACAAUGGUGACGUUUGUCUCAUAUUGAUGACGUAAAGGUCGGAUGAACGCGACCUGAGCGUCCACACUGCAGUCACAUCAGAUACAUAUCUGAUUUAUAUCCACAUACAGAAGAGGCCUGGGAGGAUUAGAACCAAUCAGAAUUGACCUGUUCACACUUAGAUGAAAACAUCAGAUAUGAGUCACAGAUGGUUAAAAAAUCAGAAUUGACCUGAAAUGUGAUCAUAGACUAAAAUCGACCUCUGCAGUGAUCGUCUCAGUUAUCAGACACUGAAAUAACGAGCGGAGCAGGAAUGAUGACUUUGAAGAGGAAACCUUCGCAGCCAUGUCGUGUUUUACAGCUUUUACAGACUGUUUCAGGUAAUCGACACGAGCAACUUGGAAACUCCUGCAUUCAGGAAUUUUUACAGUAUUUUUACUUCGGCUCAGAGACGUUUACAAACCCAGAGAAGAAGAAACCUGUGGAACUGUCAGGACGUCUGCUCCGUAGGAUUUUGUGGGACCAGAAUCUUCAUGUUCUCGCUCAUCAUCAGUGAGAUGUGAGCUCUGUUCCCUUAUCUUGUUGUUCAGAUUUUGGUCCUUCUCUCCUGCUGCGAGAACAUUUAUAAGGAUCAAACUGAUCUGGUUGGAGAAUGUGAGCCGCAUUCAGAGCCAGGGAUUAAACUCUGAAUAUUUUGGAAGAACUCCGAAGGAACAAAAUCUUUUGAAAGCCGAAACACAUGAAGGACAUAAAACUCAGACGUGGAUACAGCGCUCCUAAAUCCUGGGAGAGCGGCAGAGGUUUCGUGGUCCUCUGGCAGCAGAGAUGCGUCUCUAUCAAAAACACCUACUCAUUAAAGAGGAAAUUGAAUGUGGGUUUUUACAACUCUCCCCGUGUAUCUCCUAAACUCUGGGCUCUGAUUGUCGGAGGUGUGUUUCCCAUCAGCCGGCUGCUUGUUGUAGCUUAUUACUGACGCUCUGACUGAUGGUCUCCAUUUGUUUUUGUUUUAUAGAGUCUCUCUGCGGGCUGCUUAAUGGCCAGAUCUGCGUGUAAUCAAAGCCACGGACUUUUCUCUCACAGAUAGUUUCAGCAGAGCUCCGUCUUUGUCUCUCUCUCUCUUUUCUCUCUUUUCUCUGUUGGGAUGUUUUAUAAAAGGUUGUGAAAGAGCGACAUGUGCGCAGCAGACCUCCCCUCCCUCACAUACCAGAGAGAGCUCAGCCACUUGCCAGAGAGGAGGGAGGAAAGGAGGGAGGAAAGGAGGGAGAAAAAAUGUUUGUCUGAAAAAAGAAGAAGAAGAAGAAGAAAAUCGGCGUCUUUACACACCCAUGUGUCAUCAUUUAUUUCCAGCGCAGGGUUCCUGGAAUCAGACGGGGGUGUUGAGUCGCAGCGUUUUUCUGCAGGGACAGGUGCUUUUCGGUAAAAGCCGCUGACUUCUCAUCAGUGAUUGAGGGCGUCUGUAAAUGGAAUAAUUGUUAGCAGAAAUGAAGAAGGAAGACCGGGAGCUGUGAGGGAGACUCCUGAUUUUCAUCAGCUGCUUGAUUCUCUCCUCCACAUCAUCUAUCCUCUUCUCCUUCACUCUCGGCCCGUCAACCUGAUUUUAGAGCAGAUUAGACGUCGCACACUCUUGUUCUUCCAUCCAACAUGACUUGGCGAUAAAUAACAGAGUUUAUUCCAAAAUCUGAUGAGACUCCCUGACGUUUUUAUUUAUUACAAAUCGUACAAAACUGCACAACAGCGGUGAAAAUCUGAAGGUGAUUUAUGACCAAAAACCCAAGAGAACGAGAUCACAGAUUUUAGUUUCCUUGAGAAAGUGUCUGAGUUCAGCCGUAGAGGUAACGCCAGAAGAUGAAACACCUGGAGGCAGCUCAAAGUGGACUCAGUACAUCACAUCUAAGUGAACGAGUCGAGAUGGUUCAGACGUCCAUCUAGGAGGACUUCUGGGUCCUUCUAAACGUCAGUCUGACCUUGGCGUGGUAAAGGGAUGACUGUAACAGGAUGGAAAUGGAUGGAUGUAAACGGUCCUCAGAUCUUUCUCCUGUUCUUCUGUUAAAGCCUCUCAGAGCAGAUGUUUGGAGAAAUCAGCGAAGAUCCUUGAUAAUUGUGAGACGAGCUGAAGCUCUUUUUGUUGCACCUUGUUGUAAAGAUGGCCGACUUGAAACGGCGUGUAUGUUGGAGGUCUGCAGAAGUCAGCUUCGUGACUUCUUUGAAAGUCCUGAUCUUGCAGUAUUCCUGGGUUUUCCCUGAGAAUAUUUCCCAUCAUGCUCCAGGUGCAAAUUAACAAAAAAGGAAAACAAACAGAGGCAGCUUUUGUCCACGUAUUUGCAGAGAUAUUUGUGUGUUUUCUGCUCAUGACAUUCUGACACAUCAGCAGUGAGAAGUUUUAGUCUCAUUGUAAACUGACCUCAGAUUAGAGACGGACGCCUCUCCUCCAAUCAGAUCCGGGUUUUUGUCUCUGGCGGUGGUGAUGGGGGUCUUAAACAGACCAGGAGGGUCUCUCUCUGCUUUAACAGCUCGGCUCUGAGUGUCCUCUCCAUCCUGUGAAAAUAUUUGCUCCUGUCAGUGAAACAUGAGGAUUGAACCAUCAAACUGAAGAGCAGCUCGCUGCCUUCGCCCCCUGCUGGGUCAGGUUUUAGAGCUGGACUCGGAGUCCUGCAGAAGUCUCAAACAGAACCUCUUCUGUCCCACAUGUGUGGACCACAUGAUGUUAAAACAGAGAAAAAGACUUUAAACCGUUUUUUUUUUUUCUGAGGUAUGAAGGUUCGAGACAGUAGAGCGGUGAGUCAUCGUCACUGCAGCUUCUGAUUAUUUACACCAAACAAAAACUGACAGAACUGACUCAGACUGGAUACGAACAUUUUUCUUUAAAUACAGGAAACAGAGGGACACCUUCUUUUCAAAUUGCAUAUUCACUUUAACUGUCCACUUUCACACUUGUAUGUUGUUUUUAUUUAUUUUAAUUGUGUUUCUAACUGUGUUUUUAUGCCCUGUACAGUGUCCUUGAGUGUUCAGAAAGGUGCUUUUAAAUAAAAUGUAUUAUUAUUAUUAUUAUUAUUAUUAUUAUUUACACUUAACAGACUAAAAAAAAAACAGGGGAAACUUUGUUUACAAUCAACAAACAUAAAAAUAACCAGGGGGCACUUUGUUUACACUUAACUUACGAAAAAUAAACAGGGGAAACUUUGUUUACAUUGAAUAGACUAAAAAAUAACCAGGGGGCACUUUGUUUACAUUUUAGACACUAAAUUUGGAACCAAAGGCCACUUUGCUAAUGUUUCUUACAUAAAAAAAGCAACUAGUGGAGCUUUGUUUACAUUUUAUUCACUACAGAGCAUUCAAGAAGGCACCUUGUUAACAUUUUAUCCUUUAUAGAGAAACCAGGAGGGACUUUAUUUAUAUUUAUACACACACAAAAAAUAACCAGGCGGCGCUUUGUUUACAUUUAACUGACUAAAAGAACACCUGGGGGACACGUCAUUUACAUCUUAGCCAAUAAGAGAGAAAAUUUAGGAUAUUUGUUAACAUUUAUUGUGUUAAAAAGAUAGCAUGGGGGCUCUUUUUACUUUUAAUGCACUAAAAAAGUAACCAGUGGGCGCUCUGUUUACGUUUUAUUCACCAUAGAGCAUUUAAGAGGGCACCUUGUUAAGAUUUUAUCAUUUUAUAGAGGAACCAGGAGAGAAUUUCUUUACAUUUAUACACAAAAAGAGAUACCAGGGGGGCUUUGUUUACCUUUAAUUGACUGAAAAAGCAACUAGAGGACACUGUGUUUAUAUUUUAGCCAGUUAAAGUGGAACUUAAGGGCAUUUGUUAACAUUUAAUACACUAAAAAAACAACCAGGAGAGACUUUCUUUACAUUUGUAUUAUAAAAAAGCAACCAGGGUUGUUUUGUUUACGUUUUAUCUUAAAUGAGCUCCUGGUAGGUGCCUUGUUUCUUUUUAAUACUCAGUCAAGACGUCAAGGAAGCACUUUGUUUACAUUUAACCCCCAAAGGAACUCUUCGGCGCUUGUCUUUGGUAUUUACAUCAUUUAUUGUACAGAACUUGAUCCGUUGUAAAAACAGUGAUGGUGUUAAAACGCUGUAAAAAUGAAUGUUGGUGUUAAUUCUCUGCAGUUUUCUCUCUUCUCUUAUACCGUCCUGUUUAUUGUGGCGUGUAAAAUCAAAACUGUGAGAGCCGCUUUUUGCAGACUGGAGUCGUAUGGUUAUUGGCGAACUCUGCACACAUGCAUGUAAAUUUGGAGGGUCUGUCCAGCUGUUGAGUAGUUUCAGAUAUUCCUGAUUAUUGCAGAGCUUUACUGCUUCAACGUUAUAUUUUAUUGUUUAAUUUCAUUGUUAAAAUCACUUUUCUUUGUUUGUAUUUUUUCUGCAGACCAAAACUUUAAUCAGAUGAAAAAGGAACUCCGUCUAAAAAGUUUAAUUUUGCUGUUUUUAAUCGGCUCAGACCGAACAGUUUUUGUUUAAAACAUGUUGCAUUGAAGAGGAACUAAAAAGUUAUCUGUGUUUUACCCGACACUAGUGGACUCUGUGGUUCUGAGUUAAAUCCUGCAGGAGGUUUCUAAGCGGUGUAAAGUUGACCUCGCAGAGAUAGCGUGUUGCUGCAGGGCGCUCAGGAUUGGCAGGUAACUAACAAACCCAGAAGGCUGAAUGUGGCCUGGCUCGGCUCAGCCAGUGUUGAGUAAUGCUGUUAGUAAAUACCAGGCCAAUUACCGCUAACGAGGGCCUAAUUGGAACCAGAUGAACAUUUAUUGAAUUUGUCAGAGAAAGGUAGAGUGAAGAUAGCUAAUGAAGUGCAGCCGCAGAGCGAAACUCAGCUGGCAGUGCCACCAUGUUUUCAUGUUUGUGGUUUUAGACUCGUUUAAUUCUGCAGAGACAUUCAAAUAAAACCGGAGAGGAAAAGGUCAAAGACUUAAUGAAGCUCUUUGUUUGUACAAAAGUCUGAAAAAAACAGGAAAAUUCACACUCAGCGAGGAAAAGUCGAUGUGACCCAAAAAUCUGAAAAAUGUCUCAUCUUCACACGACUCAAAGCCGCCAAACGUCAAACGUCUCUUCAGUCCUCCGAGUAAUUAUAUGUUUUUCUGCUUCACACAAAGACGGACUGACACAGACACACACUUGAACACACACAUCUGUUUGCACACAUGUUGUUGGUUUCUAAACAUGGGAAAGAAAAGCGGUGGCAUCAGUAAAUCUUGGAGUUAUUUCUCUUUUUGGUUCAUGUUUUAUCGAGGGUGACCAUUCGCCCUCUUUUACCCGGACAUGUCCUCUUUUUAGGGGGCUGUCCCGCCUUGUCUGGGGGUGUUCAUAAAAUCCUCCAAGUGUCCACAACUUUGUACGGAAGUUUCGAGUUUGUGUCACGUGAACUUAUCGAGAAGCGCAUAAAAGAUGUUCAAUCCGACCCGAAAAUUAACUUUGUGCGACUCCAUGACUCCGCCCACGUAGCUGCGUCCUCUUUUUGGCAGGUCAGAAUAUGGUCCCUCUAGUUUUAUCAAACUGUAGCAUCGUUUAAGUUUAUUCUCUUCACAGAACAUGUUGUUGUUUUUUGUCUCGUACUUCUACAACGUUAAGUCCAGUGUCCUCAAGUCUUCAUCUGAAAUGAUCCCUGCAGGGUCAUUUUCACAUCCUGUCCUCCCCUAAACUCUCUCUCAGCUCAAAAACAACUUUAUUUUCACUCUAUGGUCGUCACACAGUGAUAUACAGACCACAACAACGACCCCUGAUAGCAGCAAGAACAUCCACCGCCGCUCCAAACAUCGAAUCAGGACACGCUCAGAGUCAAUAUUGGAGCACCGCGUCACACUUCUGUGCAAACACGACCCGGAGGAGUCGAAAACUCUGACCUCUGCCCUCAUUCGUACCCGCAUCUCGCUCUUUUCUCCCUCCAUCCUUUCUCCAUCACGUCAUCCACUCCUCCUUUUUCACCCCCCCCGCCUCUCUGACUCAUUAUCGUCGCUUCUCAUCCUGCCAGCUGAUGGUUGAGUGCAGCGAGGCCCUCGGGCGCCGCUCUCUGUCCCUUUGAUUUCCAUCCACAGACAACAGAAACCAGGGCGCUCGUCCAGUGUACACAGAGCAUGCUCACACAAUACGUGUGUGUGUGUGUGUGUGUGUGUGUGUGUAGUCGCACUGUACAUACACUGUAGGCCAACACAAACAUCAGCAGAGUCGAGGCCAUUCAUGCACACGUCUGAUGCUCAGCCAUGUGGACGUCCACUGGUCAUUCCCUCACAGCCAUCUUGUUUCAUACAGCGUUUGGUGUGUGUAUAUGUGUGUGUGUGUGUGUGUGUGUGUGUGUGGUUGGAGGAAAGCCUCAGACCUCAGAAAGUUAAAUCGUUGAGAAAUAAAGGAAAACAGAGGAGCGGCUAAUUAGGCGGCAUGUGUUUUAGUAAUUACAGACGGUGGACGGUGAGUCCAUGUGCUGCUGCUGCUGCUGCAGACCUCCUGCAUGAUGUCUGACCUUCAUUAGCUUAAAGACAUUAUGAUGUGUACUUAGCUAAAGAGGAAAGUGUGUUUUGUGUUUCCUCUGACUGCUGUCAGAUGCACUUUGGUCAUUAGGAGUUAAAUAAAGCUCCACAGUCUGAUAAUAAUCAGAGGAACGAGGGUCAAUAAACUGUUUGUGGUUACAGCGCUGACUCAAAUACAUCAAUACUCUCAUUUUUAAUGGACUUAUGCAAGAAGUUUGAUUAUUACACAUGAACUUGAAUCAGAUACGGUGCUGCGGGAGAAAUCCUGAGGUCAGCUGAGCGUGAACUCACAGGAAAUCAUGAAGAUAAACUUGUUAACAUGGACUCUUAAAGGUGGAGAAGGCAGGAUCUCAAAUGUAAACACGAACCCUCAGCUUCGUUUUCCCCUCAGCUCCUCCUCUCCACAAGCCCCGCCCACAAACAGACGCUCCUGCUCGCUCGUAUCGUUCCAAUUAAAUUCAGAUAUAAUGCAGAUAAAUCCUUCAGAUCAUUACAAAUGGGGCCCAGUCAAGGUGAAAGUCAAAAGCAUUGGUGCUACUGUAGAUGCCAACAGACUACCAGCAAACACAAUGUUUGCAGGACUUCUACAACUAGGAUAAAGUGACAUAGUCCAGGACCCGAGGGAGGACAGUUUAGCGAUGGCGCUACAACACGCUACAGCAGGUCCGUUUGACAAGAAACACUUCUGUUACAGACACUUGUCUUACUUUGUUAAAGCGGUUUACCUGUCCAGCAGAAAGGUUACAGGGUCACCAAGAUCCCCAAGCGUCCCCCAUGGUUUAUGUUGACCCGGCUUUUUAGCUCUUGUCCGGUCUACCUCCGUUUUAAGCGCCCGUUAUUCCUCCAGAGUCUCCGGUAUUUACUUUGUUUUCUUGCUUGUGUCGGCAGUCGUGGCCAAAGGAGGAUUCAGACAAUUUUCCGAACUUUCUGGUUGGUUUCUACUGUCCGAUAUUGUAGCACGCUAACUUUGUUUGGGCUCCUGAACGACACGGGGGAGCGGCGUCUGCCUCACAACCAAUCAGGUUAGAGGAGGUGGAGAACGGCUUUGUUUACAGUCAGAAAGAGCGGACCGCUCAAAAAUGUUCAAAUGUUGACGACACAGACAUAAGAGAACACAGAGAUAUCGAUAUAUUAACAAAUGUCAUCAAUAACUAAUAACUAUUGACUGAUAUUAGAAGAUAUCAGUGAUACAGUGAUAGUCUUCAGAGUCCUCCUCCUCCUCCUCCUCCUUGUUUAUGUCACGUUAACAUCCCGUCUCUCUCCUCCUCUAAAGACUGAACAGGAUUACGAUCCUGCAGCUCCCUCAGAAUAAUGCAGAGAUGACUCUCAUUUCUCUCUGAUCGUCAUUGUGUCCUGACCUACAUGCCGAGUGUGUCUGUAACGUCGCCAUCUGUUGGACGAUGUGUGUUACUGCAGGUUAGAUUAUAGAAGCAUAAAGACGUGUUAUUGAGCCGCUCCUCCCUGUCGUUACGGUAAUGACAGACUGUCUGUGCUCAUGUAUGAGUGUGUGUUCCUCUGCACACACAGACUAAUAAUCUCUUCACUCUCUCUCUCUCUCUCUCUCUCUCUCUCUCUCUCUCUCUCUCUCUCUCUCUUCAUUCAUAAAACGUGGCCCUGCACGCCGGCGGCAGCGUUUCCUCUGCUUUCUAUUUGUGGAAAAAGACUCUAAAAAACGCGGCUCUGACUUUGUUCUGGGUUUGUUUUCUCUCUCUCUCUCUCUCUCUCUCUCUCUCCCUCUCUCUCUCCCUCUCUCUCUCUGAGGAUUGAGUUACACUACUUCCCAGAGACUAAAGCGGCCUGUACGGGAGGGUCGGCCAUGACAGUUGGCAGUUUGUUCGGUUGGAGGCGAACUCGAUACCAUAAUUUAGAUCUGCCAUAAACACGGAGAAAUGAGUCACAGACGUCCGCUCGCUCUGAAAUGAAAGCAUGGGAAAACCAGGCGGUUUGGACCCGACCUGACGUGCGUGCUUUUAUGAUUGGACCGAACGUGUUUAUCAUUGCUUACACAAACUGAUGGCAGGAAUCUGCGCGGCCUUGCUGGUGCUGGAGGCGGUCUGAGGUUCCCGCUCAGGAGGUUUUCAGUAAUGAGUUUGUUUGGAGACGCUGACUCUCUCUCUCUCUCUCUCUCUCUCUCUGUUGUUGUCUCUGAGCUUUAGCGAGCGCCCUGAUCCAAAGAUAAAUGAAUCCUCAUAAUAACGGUGUUUUUCAGUGUGUCUGAGUGUGUGUGUGUUGAUGUCUCCUGAUUAGCUCUGGCACUGCCGCCGAGUGAGAGGAGGUUUGCGGACGAUUAGCCUAGCAGGAAGGUUUCCUGUCAGAUCUGCAGAAAUCAAGUCUUUCCAUCGCAGAGGCCAACAGUCAGCAAACACACGCAGAGAUGUUUGAAGGUCUCUGCCAGCUCCUCGUCCGUCCGUCCGUCCGUCCGUCCGGAGAACCAAAUAUUUUGUAGCCGUGAAGAGCCAAGAGCUGAACCUGAUGCAGAGGUGGGGGAUUCCUGUUCUUUAAAUCUGGGACCUUUCUCAUUUUUUUCACAUAAUUUGAGGCUCAAAUGAAAAACAGACGUGAGAAAGGUUUUAAAACCUGAUCCUGAACCAAACAGCUGCUGUGGAAACAGGGCCAAAGAGAGAGGGAGAGAGAGGGAGAGAGAGAGAGAGAGAGAGACAGAGAGAGAGAGAGAGAGUGUGUCCAUGAAAAGUUCCUGUUUUGUCAGCAGGAGGCUCUGGUUGUUGUUUUUCAGCGUCUAACAACAUCGUAGAAAGGAUUCUAGGGCUGGGCGAUAAACCCAAAAUUUACAGAUACCAAAAUUUAUGACAGUAAUCGAUGUCAUUUUGCUCAUGUCAAUACGUCUAGUUUUUUAAGACCUCAUUUCAACUGUUUAGAUUCUGUAUAUGUUUAGGAGGAAUUUAGACAUUAAACUUCAACCCAUCAUUCGAUGAUCUCCAAGUACUUAACCAACAUAAUUAUUAUAGCCAUUGAGCAAUAUACAGUGUAGUAUAGAUAUAACUCAGAUUUAGACUCUGUCUAAAUAUAGACGUCUAAAAAACUCUGAUUUUUAGACCCUGAUUUUAGAUCAGUCGUCUGGGCUAGCGGCUGGAGCGGCUGAAGUAGACGAAGUUAAUGUGUGAGGGGGUGAGCAGCUCAUGGAGUAGUUAUCGUCCAUUUAUCAUUAUCAAGGUGAACUGAUCAAUAUAUCGUGAUACUGGUCUGUCAACCCCCUUAACCGUCACAGACUGGUCCUUGCUAAAGUCCCUCUGGUCCUGACGGUUAUUAGUUUUCUGUUUGGUGGUUUUUCUCACGCAGUCGAGUUCAGUUCACAAACUUUUGUCCACAUAUCGACUCUUCGUCCUCUUCGUCCUCUUCGUCCUCCUCCUUCACCUCCUCCUCCUCCUUCUUCUCCUUCCUAAAGUCUCUGCAGACGGACUGAUGAGUGACAGUGUGAACCCCUCAGAGGGAAGGAGGGACCAGGAUGGAGAGAACUCAAUCAGAGCUCGCUCUCUCUCUCUCUCUCUCUCUCUCUCUCUCUCUCUCUCUCUCUCUCUCUCUCUCUCUCUCUCUCUCUCUCUCUCUCUCUCUCUCUCUCUCUCUCUCUCUCUCUCUCUCUCUCUCUCUCUCUCCCUCUCUCUCUCUCUCUCUGUGUCUCUCUCUCUCUCUCUCUCUCUCUGAUUGAUGAUGUGGUCGUUAAGAUGUCUCGGAGUUCUUCAUGAACUCAUCCUCUUUGUUCUUCAGGAAAUAUCUUCUUUCCCAUCGUCUGCAGACCCUGAAUUCCUCAUGAUGCUCCUGUCCUGAACAGACACUCUGUUUUCUGACUGUUUAUGCUCAGUCUUCUUCUUCUUUUUGGAUGCAUUAGUUCACAUUAAUUUGUCGCACUAGCACCGAUACUGAAAGUCGGAGCUGUCCUGCAGAGCUCUCAUGGAGCUCAGUGAUCCCUCUGCAGGUUUGGUCGCUCUGGUUUGAGUUUGUUGGUCAAAGAUUCGAGUCGGUAAAAAGGACCAAACUUCAUGUUUUCUGGAGUAAAUCUGUGUUUCCAGUUCAGUUAUUGUCUUUUUUCUCCGUCACUGUUUUGUAAUCCUCGCUCUGACCAUCUGCUGUCAGCUCUGCCAAUCUGUGAUUGUGUUUCUGUUCAGAUCCAAAGCUCCUGGUUCUGUCAGACCGCCCGUCUAAAGACCGGAUGGAUUAAGCUGGCAGCAGGAGGAGGAGGAGGAGGAUGGAUGGAGGACUCUGAUGGUCCAAACUGUUGUUGUUUGGUGAAAUGUUCGACAGCUCUGCUCCAGAAACUUCCCAAAGUUGCUCCACGUCUACAGGAGGCGAUGCUUCUGUGAGGGCAGAUCUAGGCAACAUUUUCUAGGUUUAUUGUAGCUACAGAAACUCAAACUUAACCUCAGAUGUCCACCAUCCGAGCCUGACCGAUGUUCAGUUUUCCUCCUCUCCUCUCCUGAGCGCUCCCUGCUUUUAUCUGGCGUGUUGAUCCUCUGGCCCCUCAGCGCCUGAGUGAGGUCAUUUCCUGUCUGGCUCACACCUCUGAGUGGAAGAGGGAUGGAGAGAGAGCUCUGAUGAAGAGUAGAGACUGAGGUGUCAGAUCUGCAUCCAGAAAAAUCCGUUUGUUGGCUCCAGUCUCAGAUAUUUUCUCGCCUUCGUUCUGGCGAAACCUGACGCACUCAUUACUCAGAAACAUGAAGAGGGGAGGAGUCUCAGUGUGUCUGCAGACUUCCUCCACCUCACACAUCCAGAAAUAUGCAGAUAUAGAUGUUGAAUAUCUCUGUAAGUCAACCAGGAACCCCCUCAGUCCUAAAACCUGGACUUUGACCAGGUUACACUGACCCUCUCCCCCCUCCCUCUCUCUCGGGGCUCCACGCCGUCCGUCUCGGCUCGCUCUGACUUCCGGGGUCAGGUAUCUCAGACAGGAAAGUGGUGCGGGAACAUCUGAUCCUAAUCCUGCAGACCUGGAGUGGGUUUUUAAAGUCCUGUAAAACUGUAGAGGGAUGUUUGAGUCUCUGAAAAGGACUCAGUGGUUUUAUUAUGAAUCAGGAGGAUCCUCAGGAGAUACAGACCUGCAUCACUGACUCCAUCUCUGCAGAAACUGAGGAACAUCAGCUGUGGGUUUAAACUGAGUUGUCUAUACUUGGUGUUCAGACUUUCAGGUUUAUUUUGCAUAAAAAAUCUUGAAGUAGUGGUGAAAUAAAAUAUUAAACACCUGUCUGCAGUCUGCAGGUGGAUGCUGAGGAGGUGGUGGAGCUGAAAGUUAAAGUACAGGACGGUGAUGCAACGGCAGAGAGGAGGCGGAGACUAGGACUCCUGCAGCGCGACCAGUUUUCUUAAACGGGAGGAUUUAAGGGAUAUACGAGAGAUGAAUGUUGUCGACCGCUUGCUUCUCUAGUUAUACCAACUUUAGUAACGACCGCAGGAUAGAAAUACAGAGAGCCACGCCCCCAACCAAAACGCCACUCUAUAGCCACAAAUAAUGCUCAGAACAGCACCUAACUUCAUCAACAGUACAUACAGGGUCACAGACAUAGUACUAGACACCAAACAUCUUUUUAACUUUGACUCAUUUCUUUAGCAAAGAGACUAAACACAACUCACCUACUCUCUUCCAGCAGACGCUUGUUUGUAGAGAGACCUCAGGCCAGUCCAUUACAGACUACAGCGGGGUGCCGCAGCUCAAGGAAGAACAUUUAUGAUCAUUUCUUCAUGGAAAUACAAUCAGACCGAGACACUAAGACAGAAGAACUACCGCGUCUGUAAAAUGAUUAAUAUGGUGAUUAUUACUUUAAGGAAAUGAUAAAGAAAUGAUCAUAAAUGUUCUUCCUUGAGCUGCGGCACCCCGCUGUAGUCUGUAAUGGACUGGCCCGAGGUCUCGCUACAAACAAACGGCUGCUGGAGGAGAAGACAGAAUUCUCUGCUAAUACUGAGGUUUGAAUGAAAAGGCGGGUCAUUCCUGAGUCCAUCAUCAGAAAUAAUAAUAAAUACUGGCUGAUGUAUUCGGACCCGGCCUGCAGGGAGAGGUUUUUGUGCAGCCCAUCCUGCAGAAAACAUCGAGGGUUUAAAGAGUCCUGACGGGUGGUUGAAGCUGUUUUUUAUCCAUGAAGCAGGCUCCUGAAGUUAUUUGUGGAAAGGUUCUGGUUCUGGUUCUGGUUCUGGUUCCCUCGGGUUAUUUUGGCGACAGACUGAAAACUUUAGCAGGAAUAGAAGAGCCGAGUUUGCUGAUUCGUAUCCUGAUUCCUGCAAACAGCUAAAUCAGGGUUCACUUGUUAUUCUGCUCCUUCCUCCCAAACGGCUCUUAAUGUGAUUUCACCCCGGACGCCAUGUCAGCAGAGAUGAUUUGCCGGCGGCGGCGGCAGGUUUUUGUUUUCCUCCAAAUGAACGGUGUUUUUGUGAAGCAGAAUUGGCUCGGACCCGGGUUUGUCCUCGCUGUGGAGAAGAGGUGAAUAAUCAGCUUCCAGCUCAGGCCUCGCUCCGCAGCAACAAUCUGGACUCAGUGUGUGUCUGUGUGUGUCUGUGUGUGUCUGUGUGCCGUUAAAGACACUCAGAUCCUGUUUUGCUUCAUGCCUUUUUGUUCUCUUGGCAUCAUUAAAGCGAAACACUCGGAGUAAAUAGUCAUGGAAACUCUGAAAAAGCUGCAGCAGUGGAAGUUAGCGACUCUUCCCCGACAUGAAACACUCCACUUGACCUCCUCUUGAUUUGCAGCCGUUGGUUCAGCCCUCGGUAUGCACAUUUCUGGACUUGCACCAUCUUUUGUGCAACAUCAAACCGAUCCUGGAGGGCUGGAAAAAAGAUGUCGGUUUGUUUCAAAGCCCCGGACUGAACGUGUUUAUGUGUCGGAGGCUGAAAGUCGCACAUUUGGUUGUUUUUAUGUUUGCUUUGUUAUAAUUUUUGCACCACAUGAGUCACAGAAUUUCUCUUUACCAAAACCAUCCAUAAUGUUUCUGUUUCAUAACCCUCUGAGCCGAGACGCCACUCCUCCGUAUCCCAGCAUCCUUCACUCUCACACAGCUGUUUGAUCGAUGUCCUCAUAAAUGAGUUUCUUACUCUGAGCUGCAUUUUCCUGGAUCAUCAGCCUGUUUCAUUUAUUAAUACGAGCCUUUUUACUGUAAGAGAAAAAAACGAGUUUCCUCUGGAAAAUCAACCUGUUGAUGUUUUUUACUCCAGUUUUUGGAAACAGAGUCAGAACUGGAGCAGUUUCACCAACAUUUGCAGUAAACCAAGGUUAUAUGGCAUCGACUCGUAUCAAUAUGACUUUUAUCAAUACGAUACUGAUAUUGAUAAAAACAGAGGGUCAGAGCUGAGCACAUUAGGAGGAACACUCACCAGUAUCAUGUAACUGAUACAUCCCCACAUAGAAAAUAGUGGAAUAUCCCUUUAACUGAAAGCACAGCGUAGUAAAAAAUGACUCUUACAUGUGAUACAAUAAAAGAGUCCAUAUGAUUCGACUGGUCUGAUACACUACAAUACAAAACAAUAUGAUAUGAUACAAGUCUAUAUGACACAAGCUGAUUUAAUACGAUGCAAUACAAUAUGAUACACAAUGAUACACUAUGAUACGAUGCAUUAUGGUUCAAUAUAAUAUGAGACAAAAUGGAAUGAAUGAUACAAUCAGUAUGACAUAAGUAAAUAUGAUACAAUACGAGUCAUUACAUUAUGAUAUAAUAUGAUACCAUAUGAUACAAGUUGACACUUUACAAGUUGAUAUGAUACAAUUGAAAUGAUACAAGUCGAUAUGAAACGAGUCGAUGUGAUAAAAGUUGACAUAAGAGUUAAUAUGAUACAAGUUUAUGUGAUAUGAUACCAUAUAAUGCAAGUCGUUAUGAUGAAAGUUGAUAUGAUAAAAGUUGGCAUGAUAGAAGUUGAUGUGAUGAAAGUUAGCAUGAUACGGGUUGAAAUGAUAAGAGUUGAUAUGAUACAAACUGACAUGAUACGAGUUGAUAUGAUACAAGUUCGCGCAAUACCAGUUGAUGAUACAAGUCGACAUGAUAAAAGUUGAUAAAAUACAUGUUGACAUGAUGCGAGUUUAUAUGAUAUGCCAUUAUGCGAUACAUUACGAUUCGAUAUCAUAUGAGACAAAUGAUAUGAUAUAUAAUACAAUUCUAAUGAUACAAAAUGAUAUGAGAUGAUACAAUACUAUGGGAUAUGAUACAAAUUGAUACAAUAUCAUACUUACACUAUAGGAGAUACACUGUGAUUUAAUAUAAUACGGUUUGAUGUGAUACACUAUGACAUGUUCGAUCGAAUACCAUGCAUUAUGAUAUGAUGUGGUAUGAUGCAAUACCACAAGAUACAGGAGAUUCAUGAUGAUAUGACACAAUAUGACAAUAUGACAAUAUGACAUGAUAACAUGGUAAGAUACGAUAUGAAAACUGCACAGUGCAAAAGUUUUUGAAUACGAUAAAAUCAGAUUUGGUUUGAUACAGAAAGUUAGGACUCAGUUUGAUAAGAUAAGACCCCAUAUGACAUGAUACCAUCUAAAGAGAUGCUGUAUGAUCCUGAAAGGACACCAUCCCCUAUGAUAAAACUACAGAUGAGCAGGUAUGAAAGUUUCAUCCGUCUCUUUAUGUGUAAAUGAGGAAACGCUGAACUGUGAUGAACUCUGAGUUCAAAAACAACACCGUCACAGUGUCCACUCAGAGUGUAAGUCGAAACCUCGGCCUGUUUCCUCUUGGAUUUUCAUCUGCUCCCGGGGUUAUUUUGAGUGGCUCUCUUGAUGAUUUAAUUCGGUUUACAAAUUAUAAUUUUUAACCACCAUGUCUACGGCGGGCCGUGGCAGCACAAUAAACACAAUCAGACGUUCCCCUGCAGAAUUACAUUAGAGGUUUGGCACCGCGAGGAGGGAGCAGGGCUGGAAAAUGUUGAGCUAGCUGGCAUCAAGCGGCUCCUGUUACCGGUAAACUGGGGGGAAAACUCCCAGCACUCUGCCAAUCCAGAGCGCACGCACACACACACACACACACACACACACAGAUACACACACGCUAACUCCCAAUUACAGCCCUACCCCUGCAGAAGUGCUUUUUAAACAUUUCUCGGCGUGUAGACGUUGCCGUAGGUGGGGGGUUUCAGUAAACUGUUAUGGCUGCCUCCUGCCGCGUUGCCGUGGCAACAAAACAGCCGUCUAUGAUGCAUGCUAAUGGACAGGAAUGGGGGGGGAAAUCCUCCUUUUGUUCCCAAAUAUUUUCAGGCUCGAAAGCGUCUGGAAACGAUUGAAUUUAACAGUCGAUGUGGUAAAGAGUGUUUCUGUGCCUGAUGAUAAACUUCUCUGGGAUUAGUUUAACUCCUAAUUUAAAACAACGUCCUGUUCGCUCUGUAAACUCUACGAACAUCGGGUCUUUACUUGACUUGGAUAUGCACUCAUGUUUAUUAUAUAGCUUAUCCCACAAAACAGUCAUAAAAAAAAACAUGCAUGUCAGUAAAAAAGGCCGUAAAAAUCCAGUGUUUGCAUCCUCUGCAGGACCUGGACCAGGUUAUCGACCUCUGAAUGUGUCUCAUUUUUAAUCGACUCCUCAUGAUGAGUUCCUCUCAGUUAACUGCUAAUGACUGAUAUGAAUUACAGAGGAUUUUCUACUUAUCAGCUUCCUCUGUUAAGGUUCAAACUUUAAAAGAGGGUCGGAUUCACAAAGUGCGUCUGCUGCUUUUGCACCUGCAGAACCUGAGGUGCAAAUGAGACAAGAAGACGAUGAAAGCAGAGGGGUCAAAGGUCCCCAACGGCAUCGAAUGUGAAGUCAACAAGUUGGUGGUGGUGAUUCAGGAUCUCACAGUUUGACUCAGUUUUUCUGGAUGAUUGUGUUCGACCUUAACUCCACGUUUCCAGAGGUUUAAUGAGUUCUGAUUCUAAUACCUGAUUCUGAAUUAGUCGAGCGUCCCGAGUCUGGAAAAAUGUCCUAACUGGGCCUCUUUUUCAUAUAUUGGAUCAGGAUCUGAAGCUGGAGGACAAGUCCAGCAGAAUUGGGAUGAUUUCAUUUCACGGGCACGUCGUGGUGUUUUUAAUCAUUCAGCCUUUCUUCUUUCUCGCUGACCUCUGGAUGAGACGCUGCGGUCAGCGUUUCUCCUCCAGCUCCUGUCGGCCUCAGACUGCCGCUCAGCUCUAACUGCAGGUGAUGCACUGGUGACUAACUCCCUUUCAGCAGUGUGUGUGUGUGUGUGUGUGUGUGUUAAUGUGUGUGUGUGUGUGCGUGAGUGUCUGAUCCAAUCCCUGACCACCUCUUACAGCAUGUGUCCUGAAAUCCCGAGCGCUCAUCUGGUUCGGUUUUUGGAUGAUUGUGGUUUCAUGCGUUCAGACUCGGUCACAUCGAGGUUAUUCGGUGUUGUCAUCGUUCAUUGAUUCCUGCUUCAUUAUCAGUUAUUGACAAAUCGCUCUGGUGGUUCAGCCAGGUUUGCUCCUCCUUCUUCAGAUGUCUGAGGGUUGGAAGUGUCCAAAAGUGAGCGGACAGCCUGAGGUGGUGUGUGUCAGGAUAGGUUCUGUUUAUCGGGUUUUUCCCUGUGAUUCGAGUCUAUUUUUCUCUAGUGUACUCGUGUUUUGUGAGUUUUCAGUUUGUGUCUGACCUCGGUUCCCUCUUGUUCUCAGUGUUUUAUUCAGUGUUUCCUGUUUUAUUUUGAAGUCGUUUAUCCCUGUGUUUCUCGUCUUGUUUUACAUCGCCACUUUUCCCUCUUCUGCGAUUGUCUCACCUGUGUCUCAGUGUCUCACCUUCCUCUUGUUGCUCGUUUCCCUGUGUGUGUUUAUACAUCGUCCUUGUCUUCCCCUGUUUCUUUGUCAGUUCAGUGUUGUUUGUCCACGCCUCUGUGUAACUCCAGUGUCUCCUUGAGUUUUUAUCCCCCUUGUGAUUUUUCUUGGUUUUUGGAUUUUGGAUUUUUGAGUAAGUUUUGUUGUUUUCGUUCCUCUUUAGAUAAUUCUGUUUUCGUUCUGCAUUUUGGGUCCUUGACUCCUCGUCGUGACAGUGUGAGUUUUAUGUUACAGUUUUUCCAGUGAAUUUGAAGUUGGUCGGAUUAUCUUGCGGUCACAUAUUUUUUCUCUUUAUUUUAAACAAAUUUCAUGUUAAAAAAGUAAAAUGAGGAAACCGCUCAGCUGAUGUAGGAGCAGAUUGAAAGCUGCAGAUCUGGGACCGCUGCACCUGACGUAGACCCUGAACUCUACGACAGGGCGGCGCUGGUGUCCAAGUGAAUGAUUUCACACACACACACACACACACACACACACACACACACACACACACACACACACACACACUCUCAGUCUCUCGGUGAUCUGUGUGUAUUUUCUCUACAGUCUGCUGAGUGCAGCUCUCUCUCUCUCUUUCUCUCUCUCUCUCUCUCUCUCUCUCUCUCUCUCUCUCCCUCUCUCCCUCUCUCCCUCUCUCUCUCUCUCUCUCUCUCUCUCUCUCUAUCUCUCUCUCUCUCUCUCUGAAUAUGAACAUGUGUUCCUAUAUUCAACCAUGUGUUGUGUGUGUAGUUGUAAUCUGCAGACAGUCAGUCUCAGGGUGUGUGUGUGUGUGUAUGCCAGCACAUUGGACGGUGUGUGUGUGUGUGUGUGUGUGUGUGUGUGUGUGUGUGUGUGUGUGUGAUCAGCGGCUAACAGUGCAGCAUUCCUGAGUGACAGCUGCAGACUCGCAGAUCCUCUAAAUAGACUCUGGAUCUGUGCCGCUCUCUCAGAUCUGCAGAGACGAUGGAGGUUCCUCUCGGCUCAGGUGGAGUGUUAGCGCCUCACUGUGGUCACACUCAGAGUCCUGAACAGGCUUAGAGGAUGAAGUUGAUGUUUUUCUGCAGGGAUGAGUUUGAAAACUUUCAUUUAAUCAUCAGAAUUCACCGUAUGUGGAAAAAGUUUUUAGCAUCCACAGUCACUCCUGGAGGAGCAAAUCUAGUUUCUUCUAUUUCUGUUUCUUUUAACCAAUAAAAUAGGAUUUUAAUCAGCUGUGGACAGAACUCAACAUCAUCAGAACAAAAACACGUGCAAAUGUAACUUCAUUGUCUUUAGAAAUCAUCAGCAGAGGCUUUGAACAUCUGUGUUUGACAAAAUUAGUCAAAAGGUAAACAGAAAUUAGCAAAAAGGGAUGCAAAAUUAAUGAAUGGGAUUCCAAAUGAGCAGGAAGACUGCACAAGGAGUAAAAAGGGAUGCAAAAUUAGUCAAAGGGAUGUAAAAUAAGCAAAAUAGAGCUUCAAACUUAUUGAAGGGGAUGCAAAAGUAAUUUAAGGGAUUCAAAAUGAGCAAGAAGUCUGCAAAAGGAGUAAAAAGGGAUGCAAAAUGAGUAGGAAAAGAGUCAUAAUUCGCUAAAGGGGAUGCAAUAUGAUUCAAAGAAGUUGUAAAAUAAGCAAAAAGAGCUGCAAGAUUAAACAAAGAGAUGCACAAUGAGCAGGAUGACUGCAAGAUGACUUAGAAGGGAUGCAAAAUAAGAUGAAAAGAAUCCAAAAUGGCUUCUUGUGAUUUGCUUGGCCACAAAGUGACACAAAAUGAGUUGAAAGCAAAAAAAAAAAAGAUUGACUAAAAUAUUGAAUAACAACAAAAAACUUAAGAUGGCCGCUGUAAGAAAAAUAGAUGAUGCAAAAGGGUGACAUUUAAUAGACUUCAUCUGAGAAAAAUAACAGUGAUGCUAAAUGAGCAUAAAAGGAAGUACAGUACAUAUAAGAAGAUGAGAAGUUAUGAUGAUAAAUGAGUAAAACGGUUAAAAAAUGAGCAAAAAUAAAAACAGGAUAACUGAGUUUACAGGGAUGCAAAAUGAGCAGACAGCAUUCUUCUUAUUAAUUCUUGUUUUUAGAUGCUAAUGUUUUAUCAUUUAUAUAUCUGAGAGCCUCUUUGUGCCUCUCCAUCACAUCUCCUUAGUUAGAAUUAAAUAUAUUACUGCGUACCAGUAAACCAAACUGAAUGAUCCUCCCUCCGUCAAUAAACCUGAUCGAUCAGAAACCCCCGGAGGGAUUUUUGUUUCCAUGAGGUUUAAAAUAAGAAUCCAGAAUCGAUCAGCGCUCUGCUGCAGAGAACAGAGAGGCUCGGCGCUCAUGUCUCUCUGCAGGUUUCAGCUGUUUUAGUUUAUUUUCAUACUUUAAAACAACGAAACAUUCAGAAAAUAUGAACGUGUGAAAACUCAAACUUUAAUGGUUGAAGGAAACAAGAGGAAUAAAUAAAUCGACCCGUGAGGAGAAAAGACUAUAGAAUAUUCAUGAAAACCUCAAACAUUACCUGAAAAAAGUCAAAUCGUAGAAAAACAAACUGAUCGAGUGUCGCUCACAUUAACAGCUCUGAGCGAGGCUCCUGCAGCUGCCUGUUAUCUACACACACACACACACACACACACACACACACACACACACACACACACACACACACACACUCACACACUCUGACACACUCUCCUGUCUCAGAUUCUUGGCAUGACUUCCUCGGGGUAAAAAAGGAAACCUCGCUCCCCCUCCCAUCUCCCAUAAUCCCCCUCUGCCGCCCGCCUGUGUGCCAUCCCCGACCCCCUGAAUCAAACCGAGCCCAGAGGAGCUCGAGUCCACUUUACAUUUGAACCAGGACCCUGUUCUUCGAGCAGGUCUAAGAUCUGAAUCAUCAUCAGAGACAGAGCUCAUCUUCAGCCCUGUCCGUUCACUUAUUAUGCAGCAGUAGAUGGGGGGCUGUGACGCCCCCUACAGACGAGCCGGCUCUCAUCAUGUCUAACGCUGGUUUCCCCGGUUGUCGCACUAUCUCGCAGCACCUGAACGACCUGAAGAAGGAGAACUUCAGCCUGAAGCUCAGGAUCUACUUCCUGGAGGAGAAGAUCCAGCAGAAGUUCGAGGAGAGCAGCGAUGACGUGCACAAACGGGUGAGUGAGAGAGAGAGAGAGAGAGGAGGUUUGUUUGUUGAUCUGCUGUGAGGUCUGAGAGUGACGGGGAUCAGGACUGACAGCAGGUCUCAGGCUGCUCUGAUCCACUUCACACUGACUGUCAGUCAAAACCUGUAAGAGACACAGAGAAGAUCAGAGAAGAUCAGAGCAGACCGAGCAGCUGCUUCAGUCUGUUCAGCUCCUCUAACAUCUACUCUUCAUCCUCUCUGAAAAUUAUAUUUUUAUCUCCUGAGAAACGGAACUAUGAAUGUUUGCUUCAUGAAAUCUCUUUUUAUUAAAGAUUGAAAGAGAUGCAUAAUGAGCAGGAAGACUGCAAAAGGAGUAAAAAGGGAUGAAAAACAAGUAGGAAAGAUCCAAAAUUAUCAAAAGGGGAUGCAAAAUGAUUCAAAGGGGUUGUCGAAUAAGAAAAAGAGCCACAAAAUCAAUGAAAGGGAUGCAAAAUAAGUAAAAGGAGAUGCAAAAUGACCGGGAUCCAGACUCUGGGUUUGUCCAGAGGGGUGUGUCUCCGAAUUAACAAGCUGCCGUUACUGCAGAGUCAAACCCACCGUAACACCGAGUUAGACCCCCCCUCCAGAGAUGAAUGUUGUCGACCGCUUACUUCUCUAGUUAUACCAACUUUAGUAACAACCGCAGGAUAGCAAUACAGAGAGCCACGCCCUCAACCAAAACGCCACUCUAUAGCCACAAAUAAUGCUCAGAACAGCACCUCACCUACUCUCUUCCAGCAGACGCUUGUUUGUACAGAGACCUCAGGCCAGUCCAUUACGGACUACAGCGGGGUGCCGCAGCUCAAGGAAGAACAUUUAUGAUCAUUUCGAGAUGCAAAGACAGAAGAACUACCGUGUCUGCAGUGCGAAAUGAUCAUCAAUGUUCUUCCUUGAGCUGCGGCACCCCGCUGUAGUGUCUAGUACUAUGGCUACUAGUGACUCUAACAGGACAUGACGAUUUAAAGUUAGAGAUACAGACAGAAAGAGGACGGAGAGGGAGGGAAAGAUCCUUUGUGGACGAUCUAAACCUAGAGCUGCAUAACUAAGAGCUGAAGAGCAUCUAUUUGCAAAUCUACACCAACAAAUGUUUGCAGAAAUAUGCAGAUAAUAAACUGUAAUCAGUGACGAGCAUUAGAAAAACAAAGAUCUCAGUUGAAGCUCAAACUGUCAACAAAAAGGACAGAAAGGUUCGACGUUCAUCAGUGAACUUUAUUUAAAGCUGUGGGAGUUUGUCUACAAACUAUAUUUGGACUCUGCUCCACCUUCAGAGUCUCAGAGCUGCACGCUGCUCUGUGUACUGUAAACAUCUUUUUAUAUCAACAGACCUGACUGACUUCACUGCCAAAUAGGUCAGUCAGAGUCCAGGCGGAUUAAAAAGGACCGUUCAGACCUAUAAGAGCUGUCCUGGUCUCACUCUGACCCAGAGGACGAGUCUGUUUACAGAACACAGAUCUGAACUCUGCAGAGAGAACCUGAACAUCGAAAACAUCAGAUCUGAGAAGAGAUGAAGCUCCAGAGCAGACCCUCCUCUCUGCAGACCCCCAUCAUGUCUGCAGACCCCUGCAGUAACAGUCUGACCUGGUUCUACACCCACUGACCCACAUCAUGUCAUCACUGCAGCCCUCAGGCCUCUCUGCAUGCAUCCACGCAGCUCCCUGCACAUGCGUGUUUGUCGUAAACACGCUGCAUGUUCAGCUCCUGUGUUGUGUGUCAGUGUGUCACUUUACUGACCUGUAAUCUCAGACUGAUGAUGUACAGGAGAAUAAAUCAAACCUGAGAACAGAUAUCUGCACGUGAGCGAGCGAGCGAGAGAGAGAGAGCCGGUUCAGACCGGUCCGUCUCUGUUUCUGCUCUCAGGGCCAAAAAGUUAAAAGUGGAGGUGUUGCUGAGAGGAGGAGAGGGAGAGAGGGAUAUCACACAGCAACAGAGACACACGCAGCAGGUGUUCAUGUCCCUGUCAGCUAUUUUUAGUCCUGCAGAAAUACAGGUCAGCACGUGAGGAGAGGAAACCCACUUCUCUGCUCUCAGGACUUCUGAUCCACAAACAAAAAUAUCUGAGAGUCAAACUGUUUCAGUCUUUAAAUCAAUCAUAAAAACUCAUGAGUCCUGGUUCAUCGUCUACUUUAAUCACAUUUUGACUGAUUUUACUGAUCAGAUUUCUCUUCUGCAGAACAUCGAGUUGAAGGUGGAGGUGGAGAGUCUGAAGAAUGAGCUGGUGGAGAAGCAGCAGCUGGUGGACAAAGCGCUGUGAGUAUCAGAGUUUCUGUUUUUAAAAACAGACUAAAGGUUUUUUUUUCCCAGAGGGGGGUUCAUGUCUGCAGAUCAGACCGGUUCAGCUGCUUUAAAGGGUCCUGACAGACUGAUAUGAAAACGCUGGUUAAUCAGAAACCCUCAGGACUAAACCGACUCUGAUCACACGUGAGGAGCAGCUCAGAGGACUGUCACAUACAGGCCCUGAAGAGGAGGAGGAGGAGGAGGUGCAGAGUAGAUGAGGGACAGUAAAGGGCAGAGGUGUCUUGGUUCCUCGUUCUGCUGAGUCGGGAUCUCUGGGAGCUGCAGCAGCUGUCUGAGGAGCAGCUGUCCGUCCCUCACACUUCAUUUACUCCUCGUCUUUAUGGACUCAGACAGGAUCCUAUAGACCAGGACUUCUCAGCUGGUUUCACUCUGGGACCCACAUUUUCCCAUGAUCCUUCAGUCACGACCCACUUUAACAGAAUUUAAACCAAACAAAUUAGUUUUUUAUUAAAAAAACCUUUAAAGACUCAAAUUUUUAACACAAAUACACUCAUUUUAUCAAGUUAAGCACAUGAACUGAUGACAACAACGACUAAAGUUGUAUAUAAAGAAAAGAUCAAAUAUUAAAUGAAUAUUAAAUCGCACAAAAUAAGCUGUUUUUCAAAAUAAAAGACAUUUGCAUUAAAUAUUUAGUUUUUUGACCAGCUGUUUGCGACCCAUCCAGAACGUGUCUGUGACCCACUUUUGGGUCAGGACCCACCAGUUGAGACCGCUGCUGUAGACAAGGUUCCUAUGCAAGUAUGGGAAAGUACAAAAGUAAUGUUAUCAAUUUACAGGUCUUAAAAAGUAAAAAGUUUUGAUAAAUGAAAAAUAAAAUUUGGAAAAAUAUUGAUGUUAACAGACUAAAUUAACACAGUUCUAAAAAACUGUUUUCUAAAAUAAUAAAGUAGAUAUUUCCAAAAAUAAUUCUAAAAAAUAGGAUAUGGACAAGUAUGGAAAUUCCAACUGUGUAGGGACUCUGUAUAUAGACUGAAAUAACAAUGCAGGAACAAUCACAGUGACAAGAAAUCUGCAGUUUAGAUUUAAAGUACAUUUAGAAUAAUUUUGGAGCUUUUAUUUUGAAAAAACUGAACAGGAAGGGUCUUCAAGUGACCAGGCAUGAGAGCGAGAGAGGAGAGGCUCCAGGACAGCUCCAGUUAAACUCCUCGUUGUGUUCGGUGAAAGUUUCUUGCAGCAGAUAAGUUUCAUUUCUGACCCUGAAAACAUCUCAAGUUACUCUGAGUUUAACAGAAACUUCAGCUUUUAUGUUACUGAUAAUCAAACUUUGAUAAUAAAUGAAUAUAUCUUAAUGUCUGUGCAUCACCUUUAAAUGAGUUUGUUCAGUUAAUGAACCCCUCCAUGAUGUCGAACCUUGAUCAGCUUCAUGAAGGACAAACACCUUCAGAGCGGUUUGACCUCGUUCUCCUGCAGUAAUGAUCUCAAACAGGAACUUUAUAUCUCCGUGUCAGACUGAAGCAGAGCGCUCUCAUGUGUGAAUGUCAGAGUUCAGUCCGGGGUCAAACUCUGCUCCUUUCUAAAUAAACUCAGGGGCCGCAGUUUCUCAUCGGAGCCAUUAAAGAGUCGGACUGAUGGAUGUGAGGAGGAAGAGCUGACCGUGACCUUCUGCUGCUGAGAGGUGGAGCUCUGACAGAGCAGCUUCAUCAUGAGAAACACCUCCACCCCGUCUUCAGAGGGGUCAGGAGACACUUCAGCCAAAUCAGGGUCCAAACAGAUCCAGAGUUAAAAAAACGAUCAAAUAAUGAAGGAUCAGGGUCAAGUGAAGAUCUGGUCCUAAUCUGACCACCUUGGUUUUAUUCUUAAGGUGUUUUAUUUACGGUAACGACAAACUCUGGAAUUAAAACUGUAGAGGGAAACCGUACAGGGACUGUUACACUCAGAGUAAACUGAUGGUUUUUAUAUGAAUGAGUUUGUUCAUCAAAUUGAUCGAAGAGACAAAAAUCUAAAUACAAACCGUCAUUAAAAUAAUGACCAAAGUCAGUUUUGGAUGAAAAUGAGUUUUUGGUCUGAAUCAAAAACUUUCAGAUUAUAGUCUGCAAUAUUUGGAUUCUGCUCUUUACUAAUCUGGGGGACUUUUUAUCCUCCUGUCAUAGGUCGACCGCUGAGAGCUUGUCCAAUCAGAGUGAAGCUGAGCUGCAGCGCCGCCUGUCCGAGCGUCAGGAGGAGAUCUGCCACAUGCAGGAGAUCCUCCAAACUAAAGUUCAGCUGCUGCAGGAGGUACAGGAAAAACACACACUCACACUUUAAUGGAAAUAAAGUGGAAUAGUCCUUUAAAUACAAACAUCCUCUGACAGACAGAUGUGGAGUUUAUAGUUUAUUUCUCUCUCUCUUUUUUCUAUAUUCAGGAGGCGGAGUUAGCACGUGGCGAGGCCGAGCGGAUGGCCUCGUUCGCCGACUCUGAGUCUCAGCGCUGCCUCGCUCUGGAGAGAGAGAUGGCGGAGAGGAUGGUGGCGGGCGGAGGCUCAGGCGGGCCGCUCGCUCAGCAGGCCCUCGCAGACAAAGACAGGUAAACCAGCUUCUCCUCCUCCUCCAUAUAUGGACGUGUUUCCUGCAGCUGUGGUCUGUUAUCUGCUCCUGAUAUUGUUGCUAUUUUCAGCCGUGCGAGCUCUGAUACCGCCGCCGCCGCUGACUCUGUUAUUGACUGACCUUGACCCCUGACCUCUGUUGGUGUACCCGUUUUAACCUGCGCCUCUCUCUCUCUUUGGGUCUCAGGUUAAUCGAGGAGCUGACGCAGCAGAAACAUUCGCUGGAUCUUCGAGUCCAGGAGCUGGAGGUCAAAGUUCAGGAUCUUUCAGAGACAGAAGAAGAAGAAGAAGCAGAGGUUUUUACUUCUUUUCUUUUUCUCUUCUGCAAAAAUCGACACGUGGAGAACAUGAAGUUUUCACACAGUAACUUAGAAGUCCAUGAAAAUUAUGAGGAAGAGUCUGAGUCCAACAGUUCAUGACAAAAGCUGCAGGGAGUCGCCCCCUGGUGGUCAUUAAAGGGAACAUCACAAUCUUUAGCUCUCAGAUCAUCCACAGCUAAAUUCAGUCUGUGGUUUGGACAGUAAUCCGGGUCAGGUGAGCCUCUCUGGGUCUAAAUCCAUCAGCAGGUCCCCCCUCCUGUCCGCUCAGACCUCAGACUGACUCAGAUAUCAGACCGGUUUGAGGUCCACAUGUGGGUCAGUGGAACUUUGGCAGAGCUGCACAGCCUGAAGAUAAGAGCACGUGCAGAUCUGAGCGGACACAAACGUCUCUGUGAGGUUAUUUUUAAUAUCAGAGUCUCUGCUGAACAUCAGAUAUUUUCAGUUUUUAUAGAUUCUGUACGAUCGACCCGAGACACGCCGAACACCGAAGGGAUCAAACCAGGACCGUCUGAGAGUCAAAGACCUUUAGAGCACAAAAAUAUCUUAUUUCUUACUGACGUUAAAGGGAUAAUCUGGAGUAAAAUUAAUUUAGGGUCAAACACGCCGUAACACCGAGUUAGACCCCCCUCCAGAUCAUGAUCAUUUCUUUAUCAUUUCCUUGAAGUAAUAAUCACCAUAUUAAUCAUUUUACAGACGCGGUGGUUCUUCUGCCUUAGCGUCUCGGUCUGAUUGUAUUUCCAUGAAGAAAUGAUCAUAAAUGUUCUUCCUUGAGCUGCGGCACCCCGCUGUAGUCCGUAAUGGACUUAUUUGUGGUUAUAGAGUGGCGUUUUGGUUGAACGCGUGGCUCUCUGUAUCUCUGGAGGGCGUGUCUAACUAGGUGUUAUGGUGUGUUUGACCCUAAAUUAAUUUGACCUGGAAUAUCCCUUUAAAGCAGAAAAAUAUCAGCUGCAUGUUAUUCAUCACUGACUUUAAGGUGGUUAUAACCUGUUUUUCUUCUCUCUCUCAGAGUCGUCGCUGCAGAGGAGACUGCAGAGUGAACUCACAGCUGCAGGUAGGACAGUCAUUUGUAACUCUCAUGACAAACACACAAACAGACUGACUUCUUUUGAAUUUCACUUCAUGAAGACGAGUUUGCACAGAAAACAUAGAGAGGUAGCUCCCCCUAGUGGAUCCUCAGACACCCUGCAUGUACAAAGCCAUCUGCCUUCCUCUCUAGAUUUUCUUCAUCUUACUUUCUUAAUUUAUUUAAUUUAAUUGAAACUUUAUUUAACCAGAAAAAUCCUCAUUGAGAUUAAAAAUCUCAUUUGCAAGAGUGUCCUGACAGGCGGCAGUACUUUUACAAAGUUACAGACACAAACAGUUACAGACGUAUACAGACAUAACAACCAGCAGAGUCAAACAUUUUUAGUCAAAGCAUUUACAGCCUGCUUCAUUUUCCUCUUAAUCACCUUUGAUCGACAUUUAAAAGGAUUUAAAGACACUUUCUUGAAUUUUCCUGGAAUAGAAACUUGAUUUUGAGUUUGCAUCGUCUCUGCAAAUAUUGCCUCUUUUCUCAGUCACUUUCACACCACUCUGCUUCUGCUCACUCUGAUAAAUGUCACACCUUUGUUUAAAAUCAUCAGCUCACAUGCACUCUUCAGUCCUCGUCCAGUCUUAUUUCACGAAGCUGCACAGAAAAAUCUGCAAACCUGAGUUAAAAACGAGAGACAGGCGUCUCUGUCCGUCCGUCAGCUGUCAGACUCUGAAAAAUGAGCAGAGUGAGCGGUCUGUCGGCACCGUUUGGCACAUAUCUCUGAUUAGGAUUAAUUGAUUUUUGAUUGCGUGCCUCAUUCCAGCAGAUCAGUGUUUUGGCGUCCCGUCUCCAGAGGGCGGGCAGGGUGACAGAUGUGGACACGGUCAGGACGCACAAACACAUGUGAGGAGAGAUUUAUCAACAACACGUCCGCUGAUGAGAGACACAUGAGGACUGAGAGAGUAUCUGUGGGUCUGUGGGAAAAAGAGCCGCUCCAGAGUGAGCUCAGAUUUUAAUGAGGGCAGGUUUCAGGGUCAUGUGACUCACUGACAUGAGGGAAUUCGAACCCCUCCCUUCCUCCUCCCCUCCUCCUCUUUUUAAUUGUGUGACAGAGCCGCGGAGGCCGGUCCAGGACUCGGUGCCCCUGGGAAACUCAUGAACUCAUUCUGACGAUUUAGAGAAUUUAAUGAACCUGAUGGGAAACACACUCAGGCCUUGUUUUCUGCAGCUCAGAGAGAGAAACCAUGAACACAGCUGAGUGUAAGAGGAAAAAAAACCUGCACAGGAUGGAGAGAAAACAAGGAUCAUGAACGAUCACGGACAAAACUGUUUCUGCUUCAGUUUUCAGAGAUAUCUGCUGCCAUAUGAAGUUUGACUUUGUGCAAAAUCAUGUGAAAUGAGGAGUUUAGAAAUGAAGUAACCCAACAUUUUAAUUAUUUUAGGGGAAAAUGAAGCCGCCCUAUUAUACAGAAUUCAACCAGAGGACAAAAAGAUGAUUCAUUUAAUUCUCAGAGAACCAAAACUGAAAAUUAUAAAAGAGGGGAAGUAAAUCUAGAGUCAUGGAAAAGAGGAAGAAGAAAGUAUGACAAAGACAAAAUGACAAAAUGACAACAUGAUAGACGCACAACAUUUUUGGAGAAUAUCCUCAUUUAAACAUAUCAAAGGAUCUACUUAUCAUCAAAUUUAAUCAGUUUUAAAGCAUUAAUAGCAGAUUUGAUCUCACUUAAAGGUGAUUUUAGGUUUCAUUGUCAAACUAAAUACGGUUAGGGUUAAAGAAAAAAUAAAACCACUCAAAAAUAAGUCAGAAUAAAUCCAACUUUGUUUUUUUUUUCUUGAAGGAAAGUAAAUGAAUGUUUAAUUUAAGAAAGGAGAAAUUAAACCGCUCCAUAAAGUUUGUAUGAAAAGAGACAGUUGGUUGAUCAGAGGACAGGGCUCAGAGAUCCUCUGUUUCCUGAGGUUCAGUUCAUGCAGCUGGAAGAGGUCUCACUCCUGCGCUGAUUCAGAGGAUUAAAAAAACUGAAAACACAAAGUAAAAAUAAGUUUCUUGAAGUGAGAGUUUUACAACAUCAUAAGUCAUUAUUUCUUUGUGUUUGUAAUCUUCAUUUCAUUUCCAGGAUUGUUGAGUUUUUCCAAACGCCUCAGGCAUCAAUAAUAUUGGAUGAAAAAAUUUAAAUAUUUUGGUUGUAAAUCUACUGUCGUCACAAACACAGUCAAUAAAGUUUGUAAAGAUAACGUGGAAAAAAAAAAGCAAAAUACUGAACUGAAAAUAUUUUAGUUGCCAAAAUAACUGUCAGUGAGGAGAUUAUCAUUAUUAUUAUUAUUAUUAUUAUAAUUAUUAUUAGCUAUUCAUUUAUUAAUCCCUUAGUGGGGAAAUUAAAAUUGUCGACAGCAGCAGUACACACAACACACACAUUCACACCUGGUACAAAAAAACACAAAUCAAUAAGAUAAAAUUUUAAAAAGAUAAAUAAAUAAAAGAUAAAAAUAAAACACUCUCUACAAAUACAAAAACAUCUUUUGACUUUAUGACAAAAAGCUUCCCUGAUUUUUUUUAACUCAUAAAAUUUUAUCUCUUUAAUUUUAAGAUUCAGUUCGGACGACAUUUCUAUGAGGUCAGUAAUCCUUAAAAUAAAGAUUUAAUACAGUGAUUCUGUAAACUGACAGCCUCAGCUCGCUUUUACAGACGGGACUAGUCUCAGCUGCGGAGUGAUACCUCCUCUUCUGUAUAGACGAUCUUUGUCGUCUGUCAACGUUGCCUCGUUGUCUCGCAGUGAAAGCGGCUCGCGCUCUGACAGCCUCACCCUCCACCCUCACCCUCACAGCUGAUGAAGCCGCUGAAGGAGAGGGGGACACGGGGCAGAGACUCGGACAGACCCCGGUGAACCGAACCGAACAUCCGAAGACGAGCGGAGAUAGUCGGAUGUUUUCCGUGUUCGUGUCGGCUCGUACCGGGGGAGGCUGCAGCUGCUGCUGCUGCGGGGAGGAGAUGCUGACAUACAGGGAGACGACAUCGAUCUAA